CCUUGUGAUGUCACGGUUGCUGCUGCCGAAUGAUGCAUGUAGAGAGCUCCUGACUGCAGAGUAAGGGAGGAUCCCCAGCAUAGGGCCCAGAGAGUGUGCCAGGGGCCCCAAAUCACAGUGAGUAUACAUUGUACAGGGCCCCAGCUACAGGGGGAGAGAGGGGGGGCAUUAUAUACAGUGUUAUUAUUAUUAUUAUAUACAGUGUGUCAGUCAGUAUAUACAUUAUUAUUAUUAUAUACAGUGUGUCAGUCAGUAUAUACAUUAUUAUUAUUAUAUACAGUGUGUCAGCCAGUAUAUACAUUGUUAUUAUUAUAUACAGUGUGUCAGUCAGUAUAUACAUUGUUAUUAUUAUAUACACUGUGUCAGUCAGUAUAUACAUUAUUAUUAUUAUAUACAGUGUAUCAGUCAGUAUAUACAUUGUUAUUAUUAUAUACAGUGUGUCAGUCAGUAUAUACAUUAUUAUUAUUAUAUACAGUGUGUCAGCCAGUAUAUACAUUGUUAUUAUUAUAUACAGUGUGUCAGCCAGUAUAUACAUUGUUAUUAUUAUAUACAGUGUGUCAGUCAGUAUAUACAUUGUUAUUAUAUACAGUGUGUCAGUCAGUAUAUACAUUGUUAUUAUUAUAUACAGUGUGUUAGUCAGUAUAUACAUUGUUAUUAUAUACAGUGUGUCAGUCAGUAUAUACAUUGUUAUUAUAUACAGUGUGUUAGUCAGUAUAUACAUUGUUAUUAUUAUAUACAGUGUGUCAGUCAGUAUAUACAUUGUUAUUAUUAUAUGCAGUGUGUCAGUCAGUAUAUACAUUGUUAUUAUUAUAUACAGUGUGUCAGUCAGUAUAUACAUUAUUAUUAUUAUAUACAGUGUGUCAGCCAGUAUAUACAUUGUUAUUAUUAUUAUAUACAGUGUGUCAGUCAGUAUAUACAUUGUUAUUAUUAUAUACAGUGUGUCAGUCAGUAUAUACAUUAUUAUUAUUAUAUACAGUGUGUCAGUCAGUAUAUACAUUGUUAUUAUUAUAUACAGUGUGUUAGUCAGUAUAUACAUUGUUAUUAUAUACAGUGUGUCAGUCAGUAUAUACAUUGUUAUUAUAUACAGUGUGUUAGUCAGUAUAUACAUUGUUAUUAUUAUAUACAGUGUGUCAGUCAGUAUAUACAUUAUUAUUAUUAUAUACAGUGUGUCAGUCAGUAUAUACAUUGUUAUUAUUAUAUACAGUGUGUCAGUCAGUAUAUACAUUAUUAUUAUAUACAGUGUGUCAGUCAGUAUAUACAUUAUUAUUAUUAUAUACAGUGUGUCAGCCAGUAUAUACAUUGUUAUUAUUAUAUACAGUGUGUCAGUCAGUAUAUACAUUAUUAUUAUUAUAUACAGUGUGUCUGCCAGUAUAUACAUUGUUAUUAUUAUAUACAGUGUGUCAGCCAGUAUAUACAUUGUUAUUAUUAUAUACAGUGUGUCAGUCAGUAUAUACAUUGUUAUUAUUAUAUACAGUGUGUCAGUCAGUAUAUACAUUAUUAUUAUUAUAUACAGUGUGUCAGUCAGUAUAUACAUUGUUAUUAUUAUAUAGAGUGUGUCAGUCAGUAUAUACAUUAUUAUUAUUAUAUACAGUGUGUCAGUCAGUAUAUACAUUGUUAUUAUUAUAUACACUGUGUCAGUCAGUAUAUACAUUGUUAUUAUUAUAUAGAGUGUGUCAGUGAGUAUAUACAUUAUUAUUAUUAUAUACAGUGUAUGAGUCAGUAUAUACAUUGUUAUUAUUAUAUACACUGUGUCAGUCAGUAUAUACAUUAUUAUUAUAUACACUGUGUCAGUCAGUAUAUACAUUAUUAUUAUUAUAUACAGUGUAUCAGUCAGUAUAUACAUUGUUAUUAUUAUAUACAGUGUAUCAGUCAGUAUAUACAUUGUUAUUAUUAUAUACACUGUGUCAGUCAGUAUAUACAUUGUUAUUAUUAUAUAGAGUGUGUCAGUCAGUAUAUACAUUGUUAUUAUUAUAUACAGUGUGUCAGUCAGUAUAUACAUUAUUAUUAUUAUAUACAGUGUGUCAGUCAGUAUAUACAUUGUUAUUAUUAUAUAGAGUGUGUCAGUCAGUAUAUACAUUAUUAUUAUUAUAUACAGUGUGUCAGUCAGUAUAUACAUUGUUAUUAUUAUAUACAGUGUGUCAGUUAGUAUAUACAUUAUUAUUAUAUAGAGUGUGUCAGUCAGUAUAUACAUUAUUAUUAUUAUUAUUAUAUACAGUGUAUCAGUCAGUAUAUACAUUGUUAUUAUUAUAUACAGUGUGUCAGUCAGUAUAUACACUAUUAUUAUUAUAUACAGUGUGUCAGUCAGUAUAUACAUUGUUAUUAUUAUAUACAGUGUAUCAGUCAGUAUAUACAUUAUUAUUAUUAUAUGCAGUGUGUCAGUCGGUAUAUACAUUAUUAUUAUUAUAUACAGUGUAUCAGUCAGUAUAUACAUUGUUAUUAUUAUAUACAGUGUGUCAGUCAGUAUAUACAUUAUUAUUAUAUACAGUGUGUCAGCCAAUAUAUACAUUGUUAUUAUUAUAUACAGUGUGUCAGCCAAUAUAUACAUUGUUAUUAUUAUAUACAGUGUGUUAGUCAGUAUAUACAUUGUUAUUAUUAUAUACAGUGUAUCAGUCAGUAUAUACAUUGUUAUUAUUAUAUACAGUGUGUCAGUCAGUAUAUACAUUAUUAUUAUUAUAUACAGUGUGUCAGCCAGUAUAUACAUUGUUAUUAUUAUUAUAUACAGUGUGUCAGUCAGUAUAUACAUUGUUAUUAUUAUAUACAGUGUGUCAGCCAAUAUAUACAUUGUUAUUAUUAUAUACAGUGUGUUAGUCAGUAUAUACAUUGUUAUUAUUAUAUACAGUGUAUCAGUCAGUAUAUACAUUGUUAUUAUUAUAUACAGUGUGUCAGUCAGUAUAUACAUUAUUAUUAUUAUUAUAUACAGUGUGUCAGCCAGUAUAUACAUUGUUAUUAUUAUUAUAUACAGUGUGUCAGUCAGUAUAUACAUUGUUAUUAUUAUAUACAGUGUAUCAGUCAGUAUAUACAUUGUUAUUAUUAUAUACAGUGUGUCAGUCAGUAUAUACAUUGUUAUUAUUAUAUACAGUGUGUAUGCCAAUAUAUACAUUAUUAUUAUUAUAUACAGUGUAUCAGUCAGUAUAUACAUUAUUAUUAUAUACAGUGUAUCAGCCAGUAUAUACAUUAUUAUUAUAUACAGUGUAUCAGUCAGUAUAUACAUUAUUAUAUACAGUGUGUCAGUCAGUAUAUACAUUGUUAUUAUUAUAUACAGUGUAUCAGUCAGUAUAUACAUUGUUAUUAUUAUAUACAGUGUGUCAGCCAGUAUAUACAUUGUUAUUAUUAUAUACAGUGUGUCAGCCAGUAUAUACAUUGUUAUUAUUAUAUACAGUGUGUUAGUCAGUAUAUACAUUGUUAUUAUUAUAUACAGUGUGUUAGUCAGUAUAUACAUUAUUAUUAUAAACAGUGUGUCAGUCAGUAUAUACAUUAUUAUUAUAUACAGUGUGUCAGUCAGUAUAUACAUUAUUAUUAUAUACACUGUGUCAGUCAGUAUAUACAUUAUUAUUAUUAUAUACAGUGUAUCAGUCAGUAUAUACAUUGUUAUUAUUAUAUACAGUGUAUCAGUCAGUAUAUACAUUGUUAUUAUUAUAUACAGUGUGUCAGUCAGUAUAUACAUUGUUAUUAUAUACAUAUAGAGUGUGUCAGUCAGUAUAUACAUUGUUAUUAUUAUAUACAGUGUGUCAGUCAGUAUAUACAUUAUUAUUAUUAUAUACAGUGUGUCAGUCAGUAUAUACAUUGUUAUUAUUAUAUAGAGUGUGUCAGUCAGUAUAUACAUUAUUAUUAUUAUAUACAGUGUGUCAGUCAGUAUAUACAUUGUUAUUAUUAUAUACACUGUGUCAGUCAGUAUAUACAUUGUUAUUAUUAUAUACAGUGUGUCAGUUAGUAUAUACAUUAUUAUUAUAUAGAGUGUGUCAGUCAGUAUAUACAUUGUGUAUUCAGUAUAUACAUUGUUACAGUGUGUCAGUCAGUAUAUACAUUGUUAUUAUUAUAUACAGUGUGUCAGUCAGUAUAUACAUUGUUAUUAUUAUAUACAGUGUGUCAGUCAGUAUAUACAUUGUUAUUAUUAUAUACAGUGUAUCAGUCAGUAUAUACAUUAUUAUUAUAUGCAGUGUGUCAGUCAUAUAUACAUUAUUAUUAUUAUAUACAGUGUAUCAGUCAGUAUAUACAUUGUUAUUAUUAUAUACAGUGUGUCAGUCAGUAUAUACAUUAUUAUUAUAUACAGUGUGUCAGCCAAUAUAUACAUUGUUAUUAUUAUAUACAGUGUGUCAGCCAAUAUAUACAUUGUUAUUAUUAUAUACAGUGUGUUAGUCAGUAUAUACAUUGUUAUUAUUAUAUACAGUGUAUCAGUCAGUAUAUACAUUGUUAUUAUUAUAUACAGUGUGUCAGUCAGUAUAUACAUUAUUAUUAUUAUUAUAUACAGUGUGUCAGCCAGUAUAUACAUUGUUAUUAUUAUUAUAUACAGUGUGUCAGUCAGUAUAUACAUUGUUAUUAUUAUAUACAGUGUAUCAGUCAGUAUAUACAUUGUUAUUAUUAUAUACAGUGUGUCAGUCAGUAUAUACAUUGUUAUUAUUAUAUACAGUGUGUAUGCCAAUAUAUACAUUAUUAUUAUUAUAUACAGUGUAUCAGUCAGUAUAUACAUUAUUAUUAUUAUAUACAGUGUAUCAGCCAGUAUAUACAUUAUUAUUAUUAUAUACAGUGUAUCAGUCAGUAUAUACAUUAUUAUAUACAGUGUGUCAGUCAGUAUAUACAUUAUUAUUAUUAUAUACAGUGUAUCAGUCAGUAUAUACAUUGUUAUUAUUAUAUACAGUGUGUCAGCCAGUAUAUACAUUGUUAUUAUUAUAUACAGUGUGUCAGCCAGUAUAUACAUUGUUAUUAUAUACAGUGUAUCAGUCAGUAUAUACAUUGUUAUUAUUAUAUACAGUGUAUCAGUCAGUAUAUACAUUGUUAUUAUUAUAUACAGUGUGUCAGCCAGUAUAUACAUUGUAAUUAUUAUAUACAGUGUAUCAGCCAGUAUAUACAUUAUUAUUAUUAUAUACAGUGUAUCAGCCAGUAUAUACAUUAUUAUUAUUAUAUACAGUGUAUCAGCCAGUAUAUACAUUGUUAUUAUUAUAUACAGUGUAUCAGUCAGUAUAUACAUUGUUAUUAUUAUAUACAGUGUGUCAGUCAGUAUAUACAUUAUUAUUAUUAUAUACAGUGUGUCAGCCAGUAUAUACAUUGUUAUUAUUAUUAUAUACAGUGUGUCAGUCAGUAUAUACAUUUUUAUUAUUAUAUACAGUUUAUCAGUCAGUAUAUACAUUGUUAUUAUUAUAUACAUUGUGUCAGCCAAUAUAUACAUUAUUAUUAUUAUAUACAGUGUAUCAGUCAGUAUAUACACUGUAUAUAAUAAUAAUAAUGUAUAUACUGACUGAUACACUGUAUAUAAUAAUAAUAAUGUAUAUAUUGGCUGACACAAUGUAUAUAAUAAUAACAAUGUAUAUACUGGCUGAUACACUGUAUAUAAUAAUAAUAAUGUAUCAGCCAGUAUAUACAUUGUUAUUAUUAUAUACAUUGUGUCAGCCAAUAUAUACAUUUUUAUUAUUAUAUACAGUGUAUCAGUCAGUAUAUACAUUGUUAUUAUUAUAUACAGUGUAUCAGCCAGUAUAUACAUUAUUAUUAUAUACAGUGUGUCAGCCAGUAUAUACAUUGAUAUUAUUAUAUACAGUGUGUCAGCCAGUAUAUACAUUGUUAUUAUUAUAUACAGUGUGUCAGUCAGUAUAUACAUUAUUAUUAUAUACAGUGUGUUAGUCAGUAUAUACAUUAUUAUUAUUAUAUACAGUGUGUCAGUCAGUAUAUACAUUGUUAUUAUAUAGAGUGUGUCAGUCAGUAUAUACAUUAUUAUUAUUAUAUACAGUGUGUCAGUCAGUAUAUACAUUGUUAUUAUUAUAUACAGUGUGUCAGUCAGUAUAUACAUUGUUAUUAUUAUAUACAGUGUGUUAGUCAGUAUAUACAUUGUUAUUAUUAUAUACAGUGUAUCAGCCAGUAUAUACAUUGUUAUUAUUAUAUAGAGUGUAUCAGUCAGUAUAUACAUUAUUAUAUACAGUGUGUCAGUCAGUAUAUACAUUAUUAUUAUUAUUAUUAUAUACAGUGUAUCAGUCAGUAUAUACAUUAUUAUAUACAGUGUGUUAGUCAGUAUAUACAUUGUUAUUAUUAUAUACAGUGUAUCAGUCAGUAUAUACAUUGUUAUUAUUAUAUACAGUGUGUAUGCCAAUAUAUACAUUAUUAUUAUUAUAUACAGUGUAUCAGUCAGUAUAUACAUUAUUAUUAUUAUAUACAGUGUAUCAGCCAGUAUAUACAUUGUUAUUAUUAUAUACAGUGUAUCAGUCAGUAUAUACAUUAUUAUAUACAGUGUGUCAGUCAGUAUAUACAUUGUUAUUAUUAUAUACAGUGUGUCAGUCAGUAUAUACAUUGUUAUUAUUAUAUACAGUGUGUCAGCCAGUAUAUACAUUGUUAUUAUUAUAUACAGUGUAUCAGUCAGUAUACAUUGUUAUUAUUAUAUACAGUGUGUCAGCCAGUAUAUACAUUGUUAUUAUUAUAUACAGUGUAUCAGUCAGUAUAUACAUUGUUAUUAUUAUAUACAGUGUGUUAGUCAGUAUAUACAUUGUUAUUAUUAUAUACAGUGUGUUAGUCAGUAUAUACAUUAUUAUUAUAAACAGUGUGUCAGUCAGUAUAUACAUUAUUAUUAUAUACAGUGUAUCAGUCAGUAUAUAGAUUAUUGUUAUAUACAGUGUAUCAGUCAGUAUAUACAUUGUUAUUAUUAUAUACAGUGUGUCAGCCAGUAUAUACAUUGUAAUUAUUAUAUACAGUGUAUCAGUCAGUAUAUACAUUGUUAUUAUUAUAUACAGUGUAUCAGCCAGUAUAUACACAUUAUUAUUAUUAUUAUAUACAGUGUAUCAGCCAGUAUAUACAUUGUUAUUAUUAUAUACAGUGUAUCAGCCAGUAUAUACAUUAUUAUUAUUAUAUACAGUGUAUCAGCCAGUAUAUACAUUGUUAUUAUUAUAUACAGUGUGUCAGUCAGUAUUUACAUUGUUAUUAUUAUAUACAGUGUAUCAGUCAGUAUAUACAUUGUUAUUAUUAUAUACAGUGUGUCAGUCAGUAUAUACAUUAUUAUUAUUAUAUACAGUGUGUCAGCCAGUAUAUACAUUGUUAUUAUUAUUAUAUACAGUGUGUCAGUCAGUAUAUACAUUGUUAUUAUUAUAUACAGUUUAUCAGUCAGUAUAUACAUUGUUAUUAUUAUAUACAUUGUGUCAGCCAAUAUAUACAUUAUUAUUAUUAUAUACAGUGUAUCAGUCAGUAUAUACACUGUAUAUAAUAAUAAUAAUGUAUAUACUGACUGAUACACUGUAUAUAAUAAUAAUAAUGUAUAUAUUGGCUGACACAAUGUAUAUAAUAAUAACAAUGUAUAUACUGGCUGAUACACUGUAUAUAAUAAUAAUAAUGUAUCAGCCAGUAUAUACAUUGUUAUUAUUAUAUACAGUUUGUUAGUCAGUAUAUACAUUAUUAUUAUAUACAGUGUGUCAGUCAGUAUAUACAUUAUUAUUAUUAUAUACAUUGUGUCAGUCAGUAUAUACAUUGUUAUUAUUAUAUACAGUGUAUCAGUCAGUAUAUACAUUAUUAUUAUUAUAUACAGUGUAUCAGUCAGUAUAUACAUUGUUAUUAUGAUAUACAGUGUGUCAGCCAGUAUAUACAUUGAUAUUAUUAUAUACAGUGUGUCAGCCAGUAUAUACAUUGUUAUUAUUAUAUACAGUGUGUCAGUCAGUAUAUACAUUGUUAUUAUAUACAGUGUGUUAGUCAGUAUAUACAUUAUUAUUAUUAUAUACAGUGUGUCAGUCAGUAUAUACAUUGUUAUUAUUAUAUAGAGUGUGUCAGUCAGUAUAUACAUUAUUAUUAUAUACAGUGUGUCAGUCAGUAUAUACAUUGUUAUUAUUAUAUACAGUGUGUCAGUCAGUAUAUACAUUGUUAUUAUUAUAUACAGUGUGUUAGUCAGUAUAUACAUUAUUAUUAUUAUAUACAGUGUAUCAGCCAGUAUAUACAUUGUUAUUAUUAUAUAGAGUGUAUCAGUCAGUAUAUACAUUAUUAUAUACAGUGUGUCAGUCAGUAUAUACAUUAUUAUUAUUAUUAUUAUUAUUAUUAUAUACAGUGUAUCAGUCAGUAUAUACAUUAUUAUAUACAGUGUGUUAGUCAGUAUAUACAUUAUUAUAUACAGUGUAUCAGUCACAUUGUUAUUAUAUACAAUGUAUCAGUCAGUAUACUAGUGUGUGGUUGGUUGUUAAUAUACAAAAUGUUCUGUAUGUCUGUAAAUAAAGCACUUUUUAACAGCCUGGCCUCAACUACAUGUAUUCUAUACACAUAUUAGACAGGCACUCCAUAGUGAGCAAUUACUGUGUAUAAUAUCAGGGUCAGGCUGUACUGAUAUUGGCUGUGUAGAUAGAACCAGGUACAGGCUAUACCGAUAUUGGUUGUGUAGAUAGAACCAGGUACAGGCUGUACCGAUAUUGGCUGUGUAGAUAGAACCAGGCCCAGGCUGUACCGAUAUUGGCUGUGUAGAUAGAGCCAGGCCCAGGCUGUAUUGAUAUUGGCUGUGUAGAUAGAACCAGCUACAGGCUGUACUGAUAUUGGCUGUGUAGAUAGAGCCAGUUACAGGCUGUACUGAUAUUGGCUGUUUAGAUAGAACCAGGUACAGGCUGUACCGAUAUUGGCUGUGUAGAUAGAACCAGGUACAGGCUGUACCGAUAUUGGCUGUGUAGAUAGAACCAGGUACAGGCUGUACCGAUAUUUGCUGUGUAGAUAGAACCAGGUACAGGCUGUACCGAUAUUGGCUGUGUAGAUAGAACCAGGUACAUGCUGUAGUGAUAUUGGCUGUGUAGAUAGAACCAGGUACAGGCUGUACUGAUAUUGGCUGUGUAGAUAGUGCCAGGCCCAGGCUAUACUGAUAUUGGCUGUGUAGAUAGAACCAGGUACGGACUGUACUGAUAUUGGCUGUGUAGAUAGUGCCAGGCCCAUGCUGUACUGAUAGAUAGAACCAGGUACAGGCUGUACUGAUAUUGGCUGUGUAGAUAGAACCAGGUACAUGCUGUACUGAUAUUGGCUGUGUAGAUAGUGCCAGGCCCAGGCUAUACUGAUAUUGGCUGUGUAGAUAGAACCAGGUACGGACUGUACUGAUAUUGGCUGUGUAGAUAGUGCCAGGCCCAUGCUGUACUGAUAGAUAGAACCAGGUACAGGCUGUACUGAUAUUGGCUGUGUAGAUAGAACCAGGUACAGGCUGUACUGAUAUUGGCUGUGUAGAUAGAACCAGGUACAUGCUGUACUGAUAUUGGCUGUGUAGAUAGUGCCAGGCCCAGGCUAUACUGAUAUUGGCUGUGUAGAUAGAACCAGGUACGGACUGUACUGAUAUUGGCUGUGUAGAUAGAGCCAGGCCCAGGCUGUACCGAUAUUGGCUGUGUAGAUAGAGCCAGGCCCAGGCUGUACCGAUAUUGGCUGUGUAGAUAGAGCCAGGCCCAGGCUGUACUGAUAUUGGCUGUGUAGAUAGAACCAGGUACAGGCUGUACUGAUACUGGCUGUGUAUGUACAGGAUUUUAUAAUUGUGUUAUUAUAAAGCGAAAUUCUGUAGCAAAUUGUUACAUCAAUCAGCAGGAAUACAUUAGUUGCCAUGGUGAUUGCUCCACUUUUAGUAUUUUGUGCUAGAUUGCUCUUUUAAAACUGUAAGCACCAUAACCACUACAGCUCACUGUAUAUCAGCUUCUGGAUCUAGAAGAGGCCGUGACCUUCGCCUGCCAGGCGCCAGUUAAAGCGGCUCUGAACUUCUUAAUCUUUUUGAAAUGCUUGUAAAUCACAUAAAUUAAAGUCAGAAUUCAAUGAGAAUUUCAAAUUUAAGGCCAGGGUAGUCGAACUGAAAGCAAAGCAGACUUAGAGAAUGUUUCCAGUUCGGCUAUUUUGACCUAAUUAGAAAUUCAACCCAGUAAAAACAUAUCAUAAGACACCCUGGGACUACUUUAUCGUAUGUUAAAUUGUGAGGUUGACAUAACUUGACAAAAGGUGGAGUUACUGUGGGAAGAAGACAAUACCAGUGCAUGCUCUCGCGGGAUCCUCUAGAGAGAACAUCACUGACCUGGGCUCCUGGCUACAGAGAACAUCACUGACCUGGGCUCCCGGCUACAGAGAACAUCACUGACCUGGGCUCUCGGCUACAGAAAACAUCACUGACCUGGGCUCCUGGCUACAGAGAACAUCACUGACCUGGACUCCUAACUACAGAGAACAUCACUGACCUGGGCUCCUGGCUACAGAGAACAUCACUGACCUGGCCUCCUGGCUACAUAGAACAUCACUGACCUGGGCUCCUAACUACAGAGAACAUCACUGACCUGGGCUCCUAGCUACAGAGAACAUCACUGACCUGGGCUCCUGGCUACAGAGAACAUCACUGACCUGGGCUCCUGGCUACAGAGAACAUCACUGACCUGGGCUCCUGGCUAAAGAGAACAUCACUGACCUGGGCUCCUGGCUAAAGAGAACAUCACUGACCUGGGCUCCUGGCUAAAGAGAUCAUCACUGACCUGGGCUCCUGGCUAAAGAGAUCAUCUCUGACCUGGGCUCCUGGCUACAGACAACAUCACUGACCUGGGCUCCUAACUACAGAGAACAUCACUGACCUGGUCUCCUGGCUACAGAGAACAUUACUGACCUUGGCUCCUAACUACAGAGAACAUUACUGACCUGGGCUCCUGGCUACAUAGAACAUCACUGACCUGGGCUCCUGGCUACAGAGAACAUCACUGACCUGGGCUCCUGGCUACAGAAAACAUCACUGACCUGGGCUCCUGGCUACAGAGAACAUCACUGACCUGGGCUCCUGGCUACAGAGAACAUCACUGACCUGGGCUCCUGGCUACAGAGAACAUCACUGACCUGGGCUCCUGGCUACAGAGAACAUCACUGACCUGGGCUCCUGGCUACAGAGAACAUCACUGACCUGGGCUCCUGGCUACAGAGAACAUCACUGACCUGGCCUCCUGGCUACAUAGAACAUCACUGACCUGGGCUCCUAACUACAGAGAACAUCACUGACCUGGGCUCCUAGCUACAGAGAACAUCACUGACCUGGGCUCCUGGCUACAGAGAACAUCACUGACCUGGCCCUGGCUGAGAACAUCACCGACCUGGGCCCUGCCAAAGACACCCAUCACUGACCUGGGCCCCACAAAGAGAACAUCACUGACCUGGGCCCCAAAGAGAACACUGACCCGGGCCCCGGCUAAAGAGAACAUCAACACUGACCUGGGUCUGCCACAGAGAACACUCACUGACCUGGGCUCCGCCACAGGUGAACAUCACUGACCCAGUCUGCCACAGCACCAUCAUCGAAUCUGGGCCCCUCCGCCACAGAGAGAACAUCACCGACCCAAUUCCUGUCACAGAGAAUAUCACUGACCCGGCCCGCCACAGAGAACAUCACUGACCUGGGCCCAUUAAAGAGACAUCACCGACCCUGGCCAAGAGAGAACAUCACUGACCCAAAGCCCCUACACAGAGGAACAUCACUGGACCUGGGCUCGGCCACAGAAACAUCACCGACCUGCCCUCACAGAGAACAUCACUGACCUGACCUAAUCCACAGAGGAACAUCACCUGGACCUGGGCUCCUGCCACAGAGAACAUCACUGACCCGGCCUCCCACAACAUAGAACAUCUACUCAGACCUGGGCUCCUAACCACAGAGAACAUCACUGACCAGCCCUAGCCAUGAGAAAUCACCGGACCAAAUUCUUGGUCACAGAGAAUCACCACCGACCUGGCCCGGCUACAGAGAACACUGACCUGGGCCCCAGCCAAAGAGGCAACAUCACCUGACCCACCGGCCAGCAAGAACAUCACCGACCCACCCUGGCUCAGAGAACAUCACUGACCUGCUCCCACAAGAGAACAUCACUGACCUGGGCUCCUGGCUACAGAGAACAUCACUGACCUGGGCUCCUGGCUACAGAGAACAUCACUGACCUGGGCUCCUAACUACAGAGAACAUCACUGACCUGGGCUCCUAGCUACAGAGAACAUCACUGACCUGGGCUCCUGGCUACAGAGAACAUCACUGACCUGGGCUCCUGGCUACAGAGAACAUCACUGACCUGGGCUCCUGGCUAAAGAGAACAUCACUGACCUGGGCUCCUGGCUAAAGAGAACAUCACUGACCUGGGCUCCUGGCUAAAGAGAUCAUCACUGACCUGGGCUCCUGGCUAAAGAGAUCAUCUCUGACCUGGGCUCCUGGCUACAGACAACAUCACUGACCUGGGCUCCUAACUACAGAGAACAUCACUGACCUGGUCUCCUGGCUACAGAGAACAUUACUGACCUUGGCUCCUAACUACAGAGAACAUUACUGACCUGGGCUCCUGGCUACAUAGAACAUCACUGACCUGGGCUCCUGGCUACAGAGAACAUCACUGACCUGGGCUCCUGGCUACAGAAAACAUCACUGACCUGGGCUCCUGGCUACAGAGAACAUCACUGACCUGGGCUCCUGGCUACAGAGAACAUCACUGACCUGGGCUCCUGGCUACAGAGAACAUCACUGACCUGGGCUCCUGGCUACAGAGAACAUCACUGACCUGGGCUCCUGGCUACAGAGAACAUCACUGACCUGGGCUCCUUGCUACAGAGAACAUCACUGACCUGGGCUCCUUGCUACAGAGAACAUCACUGAUCUGGGUUCCUGGCUACAGAGAACAUCACUGACCUGGGCUCCUGGCUACAGAGAACAUCACUGACCUGGCCUCCUGGCUACAGAGAACAUCACUGACCUGGGCUCCUAGCUACAGAGAACAUCACUGACCUGGGCUCCUAGCAGAUGAAGCUUAAUAUCAAAGAUGGAGUCGCGUGCAAGGGAAUAGCAACUUGCCACCGCACCCCACAUGGCGCAAACCAAACGGUGAUGUCGCAAAAUAUGCAAAGACUCCAGAAGGUGUUAAACAGUCCAUAAACAGUUUGACUAAUUACCCUGAGAGGGAGCCAGGGUAAGACAGACUGUAGUGGUUAUGGUGCUCGGAGCGUUACUUUAAUUGGUUAAUGUUGAUUCUUUAUAUAAAAUAAUGUCCUCCAUUUUUACUUUAAUAAACUAUAGAUAUGUUACUGGUAGAUGACUGACUAUAUGGUUUUCUCAUAAACAAGUAUUCCAUGUGUUCUAUGAUGGAGAGCCAAGAUCUGCGAUGAAUUAUUAAUUGAUUAUGUCAUUGUGAGCCGUCGUACGAAGCAUUUCGAUAAUAUCCUCCCUGGCUGUGCUUUCUGUGAUUCAUCGUUAGAGGCAUCUUAAUGCUGGGUGGGUACCAGGAUGCUUCACACAUGAAGUGUUUUAGGAUGAUAUGUGUGUUUAUUGGGUAAUUAGUCAUUGUUUAUUGGGUAAUUAGUGAUUUGUGUUCGCCAAUUACUGCAUAUUUCCAAUGAAGCUUCCUAUUCAUUUUGUUAAACGGGUAAAUAUUUGGUGAAUGUUGUUUUCCCUAUCAGCUUACAUAUUUACCAUUAGCCGGUGUCUAAAUGAAGGGAAUUGGUUGAGUACCUCCGGGUACGUUUAAAGGUAAAGUCUAGGCUGUUAAGAUGUUUGUGUUUAGAUUGGUGGUGAGGGGGCCGUGGCAGUGAUUGUCUAAGUGGCUGCUCAGGUAAAUGGUUUCUGUUAGUAUACGGUUUGAUACAGUCUCUCCGCUGCUCCCACCACUAUCACCGUCAAAUCACUGGAGAAACCGACAUUUACUGCAAUACCCUGUGAGAGAAGGUGCUAGAUUACCUGGGGCCCCUGACUAAUGUGCAAUCGAGCACCAAAACACCCGUCCAGGCAUUUAUUGUUGUUUAGUUUAUUGUAUUUGGGCAUUUCAAGCAUUUAUUUCAAUCUUAGUUUGUUCACCAUAUACCCCUUACCCUGGGUAGUUACCAAGCAUUAUACACUACAGCACCCUAUUGAUUUGAGCUAUAUCCAUUGUUUAGCCUAGUAUGGAGAUGUUGAGUCAGAAUUGUUGAGGGAGGCUGGGGUAUCAGUCUGUUGCCUACCAGCAGGUUGAAUUACCUUUUUUUUGUAGACACUAGAUUAUGACUACCCAUUACGAUAGAUGUAACAGAUCCCCUGUACUCCUACUGAGUAUGCCCGCUGAAGAGUCUCCAUAGUCCCGUAGAGUAAAAGUGUGUUAUAGCCUUUGCAUGCCCAAACAUCAGCCAAGACUUGAUGAGGGGUAUUAUUGAGGAAUGAGCACAGAUAUUUAUACACAGACCCCCAACAUGGGGUCUCCAUGCAUUCUGUCCUAAGCCCGCCCAGGCGUCUCUGUGUCGGGGAGAUAAUAGAGUUAGACCUCGGUAAACCAAUUAUCUCCCAGAUACAGAGUACACAACACAAAAUACCCCCAAAACAAGUACAAAACUGUCACGGAGUAUAACCCUAACACGCAGAGUUUAGGAUGGCAAGGAACGGACUAAUGAAAUAUAAACGUCUUACAGGGUCUUAGAGUGGCCGGACUUAAGGUUAGACAGAGAAAAGCGUAGUCGAAAUACGAGCCGAGGUCAGGGUAACGGAGAGACAGCGAAAUCGAGAACUAGCCAGAGUCAGGUACACGGUAAUAAUCAGAUGGGCAAACAAGACAGGAGAGGGGUUAAAGAGAAACUCAGAGUCAGGAAACAAAGCCAAGGUCAAUACCAGAAUACAAUACUAAUCACAAGGAACGUUCUAAAGGGUACUGGGAACAGAAACCACAAUAGGGCACAGAAUCUAGGGCCAGGUAAGUUUUUAAAUACCUUUAUUUUUAAUUUGAUUAGUCCACAUCAUGCCUGCGCCCCAAAACAUGCGUGAAUGGGGGCGUCAGAAUGAUGUGGGCCAAUUGGAGCUGAUCGCAAGGUUAGGCUCCCAUUUCCCUUUAAGAAGGUGCGAGCAGCGUUCCCAAUACUGUACGGGCCGCGCGCCGAUCAGACUGUUCGGCACGCGGCUCGAUCAGAGGACCCCUGCCAGCACACGGACCAACUAAGCACCGUUACAAAAACAACAAUGUACCACCACAAGUUAUAUAACCCCUGAAAGGUGGGAUCCAAGCGCCCUUCUGUGAAAAUAUUGGGAAUUGUCCAAUCGCCACCCGGUUAAACUUUUGACCAUGUCGCAGUACCAUGUCGCAGUACCAUGUCUUACUCUCCAAAGAUCGCCCUGCAAGCUCGUGAGUAAAGGGGUCAGGACAAGGUAGUAAAAUGGCAGGGAAGAGGCACUGAAGGUAGCCAGGCUAGAGUUCUGGUAGGAUUAUCAGCAGUGAACGUAAGUCACUCUGACUGGCCCAAAAGGGUUCAACGGGCAGGGACAAAGGGAUUGCUGGUACAGAGGAUUGUGAGGGAGUGUACACAGGAGAGGGAACUGUAGUGAUUAUAGUACUUUUUCUAGGCAUAGUUAAUUACAAUAGAAUUGGCUGAAGUUUGGAUGUGAUAGUUACUGUGUUACCGCUAUCCUUUGUCAGGAAGUGCAGCAUUAAAGGAACACUAUAGUCACCUAAAUUACUUUAGCUAAAUCAAGCAUUUUUAGUGUAUAGAUCAUUCCCCUGCAAUUUCACUGCUCAAUUUACUGUCAUUUAGGAGUUAAAUCACUUUUGUUUCUGUUUAUGCAGCCCUAGCCACACCUCCCCUGGCUAUGAUUGACAGAGCCUGCAUGGAAAAAAAACUGGUUUCACUUUCAAACAGAUGUAAUUUACCUUAAAUAAUUGUAUCUCAAUCCCUAAAUUGAACUUUAAUCACAUACAGGAGGCUCUUGCAGGGUAUAGCAAGCUAUUAACAUAGCAGGGGAUAAGAAAAUCUUAAUUAAACAGAACUUGCAAUAAAGAAAGACUAAAUAGGGCUCUCUUUACAGGAAGUGUUUAUGGAAGACUAUGCAAGUCACAUGCAGGGAGGUGUGACUAGGGUUCAUAAACAAAGGGAUUUAACUCCUAAAUGGCAGAGGAUUGAGCAGUGAGGCUGCAGGGGCAUGUUCUAUACACCAAAAUGGCUUCAUUAAGCUAAAGUUGUUCAGGUGACUAUAGUGUCCCUUUAAUGAUAUGGAAUUAUCUGCUAAAUAGUUGUUUUAUUAUACCCACAUUUUCCUCUGUCUUUUGACUAGACUGUAAUAGCGAUUGCAAGGGGGUUAUUUAUCUGACAAUAUUUAAAGGGGAUUAUUCAUUUAAAAAACACACAAAAUACAGGAUUUGCCUAGUGAUUGUGAAGAGGAAUACAAGGUUGCCAUUUAAAAUAUUUCAGCUUGGUGUUUAAAUAGUCCCAAAUACAUCCUUAUGGUGAAAAAAGCCCUUAGUAAAAUAGGUAGAGCAGGGACAGUUUCCAUAUAACAAUGUUUCCAAUGGGGAAAUCACGUUAAUGAAGCGGAGUGGACACAUUGUAAAGAUAUAUAAGGAUUCAUUUAAAUAUAUUUUAAUGGCGAUACUCUACUAGUCCUCUAGAUAUUUGAUUUAUUUAGCUUCUUCCUUUUAAUUUUUAGUAGCUAUUUAUGCAUCCUCUGUAACGCACUGUACAUACAUUAGCUUAUUUUGAUACGGAGGAGAGUGCUAUUCACUAUCGGCGGGAUCUCCCAGGUACUGGCAUUGUCCUCCCUGUUUUUUCUUUACAAUGAUUAUUUUGGGGUUAUGCCCAAGAACCUCCUAGUGGUAUCCAGAUUACUCUUGCUACCCAUGCACACUUUUAUUCUUUAUGAAGUGGCCUGGGUGCCUACAUUGGGCCUUAAGGUGUGCUGUGAUUGGGGUGUAAAUGACUACUUUCUAGGGCACGUGAAAGGUUGACCCUCAAGCCCCAACAAAGAGAUGGGUCUCAAUCCAGGUAAAUCCAGGCCCUUGUAUUAGGAAGCCGUGGACGGUUUGGCUGAGUACAGAAACCUGCCUUAGAUUAUUCAAGCUUUUAACAAGGUGGCAGUCACUUCCCAUGACUGUGUUUAUUGUGAUCGGCCCAGCUACAUUCCAUUUCCAAAUUUUCGCUAGGGAGCAAGAUUGCCGUCUGCAUGCAAAACCUGGUUUAUUGGAGCUUACAGACUGGUUGGAGCUGGUAAAGGCCUUGAGGUGGACUGCUAAUUCUCAAUCAGUCAUGGCCGGCUAGGACAAGUAAAUGACAACCUCACUGGAUCAAGAUAAUUCCUGAAAGACUGGAGGAUCCUAGAAGGUGGUGGUUGGUAGUAAGCGGAUUACCUGGAGUGAUAACCCAAUCAUCCAAACCUGACGUGUUGGGAAGCCUCAUUUCCUGACCAGUAGGAGGAAGUCAGUUGUGUAGAAGCAGUAAAGGCUUUUCAGAUCUACCAGCGUUAUCAAAACUUGCUCAGAAAAUGGGUUUCUGAGUGUGUGUGAGGAGUUAGUCCAGGGGCCCUGUUGUAAAACCGUUCCAGUUUGUUUUACUCUUUGUGUUUAUAUAUACAUAUCAGUAUUUUUUGUUAGUUAUAGUUUGGUCUUUGUGGUUUUUGUUUGAGUCACAGCUUUAGGCAGAGUGAGUGUACAGUAGAGUAAUGCUCGGCUGGGUGUGGGAGAAGGCUGUCCAGGAAGAAUGCAUGCUCGCCUAGGGACAAAUCUUCACGGAAAUACUGAAUCUGUCUAAACCUCUGUGGGGAUCCACUUGCAACAGGUGUAAAGCCGUGACUUGGUGUCCUGUUGGUAAGCAGAGCCAUCAUGGGAUUCACAUUUUGGAAAUCUAAACGUGGGCUGCUACUGAGGGAGAGAAUCUGACAACAAAUAAUGAUGAAUUCUGGCCAUUCACUAGUAACUCUGUGUCACGGUGUCAUUAAUUACAUUAGGGCUUUAAUUAAAUGGCCUUUACAGGAGUUACCAAUAUAUCUAUCUGUAUAAGUACAGUGCAUGUUAUGAGUCUUGGCUAUGGCGAUAAUUAAUGAGUUAAUUAAUGACCGAAGAGGUGGUCUGGGGGUACUGAAACUGUCUUAAUGUCUGCUUUUAUUUUCAGCCAAUCAGAAUACAUCUGGUGUUAGUACCAUGGUCAGUGAUUAGAAAAUGCACAAAUAUUGAUUUCAAAAAGAAAAAAACACAUUUUAUUUUACAGAUUUGUGUUCACUGGUUCUGAAGGGGAUUUUAAUAUCGGAUCAAUGUAUGUUUAUUAAUGACUUACCAAAAUCUGCUCCGUGGCUGCUUAUUAUCUAAACAGUGCGUUUUCCCCAAAUGGUAACUAAUUUCCUAGGUUAAGGCGAAGGAAGUCUAAAUUGGAGACUUUAUGUAAGUCGGAUAUUUAGCCCCAGAUAUCGCAGUUUGACCGUCCAGACUCUGUACAUUUACUGACGCUUGUUACAGUGUGUUCACAGAGGAGCCCACAAUGCAGUGAAAACCAAGAAUCGAGCUGCGUGGCUUCUUCCUGCCCGCCAUUUACUGAAAGCCCUCACAGUGGCGUUAUGAUGCCGCUAUUCUUCCGAAAACAAAAGCAGAGCGGCGAAGCAAGGAAACGGCUUGAAUAUCAGAUGUGCCUGGUAAGUGUGGACUAUCACCACUUCCAAAAAUAUUAUUAAUGGAAAAAAUCGUCUUUACUGCUUCAGAAUUUAUUUAAAAUUAGAGAUGUGCAUGGGUGGGGGGUGGCGGAAGUGCUUUAUUGAUUUGACUUAUUUUAGAUUGACAAGUUAUUUUCCAAAAUUCGGAAAGGCAGUUUGGACAACCCAAAUCUUAGUUUGAUCAUUUGUUUUUUUUCUAAUUUUGGAAGUUCAUUAUUCCCUGUGGACAAUGAUUGCAGGUGGCAGUCACAAAGUUACAGGUUAGGGAAUUAUCUGCUAAACUGCUGAAAUCUUAAAAUUAGGUCAAGCCCUUUCCUUCAUUUUACAUUUGCAGCUGUUUAAUAGAUAAUGCUGGAAUUUGUUAUCCUUAUACGGGAUUGCCUUGAAGAUAUCAAUUACCAAAUAAGGGAGCUAUCUGCUAAACUGCUCCCUCAUUUCAUAUCCUUAAAUAUCCCACGUAAGGAUAGCAAGUUAUCUACUAAACAGAUUAAAGAUAAUCAUGUAAUCUUUUGUUUGUUUAAUAGCUCUCUAAUUUGUUAUCCUUCUGUGAGUUUGCCAUAUUUAAGGAUACCAAAUAGGGGUGCUAUCUGCGUUCUACCUUCGUAUACUGUUAAUAUGGCAAUCCCAUAUAGUGUACAAAAUUAGGGAACUAUCUACCAUGUGGCGGAACCAACCUCGCCACUGUGCACUGGAGGAGCCUGGUUGCUCGCCUGCUCCCUUUAGACUGUGGCCCCGGCAUUUAAAACAUUUUAUUUUCCCUGCAGAAAGGCUUAUUCAUGCCUUUCUGUCGGAUGUUCAGUAGAUUAUAUCUACCGAACAAAGUACCGAACGAUCGACCACCUGGGAACUGGAGUGUGUCGUCAAUUGGCCGCCCAGAAGCUGCGGUUAACCGCAGCUUAAUUGACGAACGCUGAGUGGCCUUUGUUCGUUUGCCGAACACGUGGCAGCGGCCAUUUUAACUCCCGAACGGCCAGCAGUGUUCAGCGCCCAAACUAUUUAACUGGAAACGGACACUUAUUUGCGCGAACACCUCUGAGCCGCCAGCCUCCUUACCUCUGCAUUCAGUAGUAUAACCAAAUGCCUGUUUAUUAGGUAGUUUAACCGUAUGAACACCAUCACCCCAGAUAGCCAUGCCAUGGAGCCUAUUCGUGUAACGAAAGGCUCCAUGGCAAUUGAACUGUAUGUAUGUGAUCUGAGCGCCAUUCAGUAAUAAUGUGUGCUCAGAUCUAAGCUAUCUGGGGAUAGGUAGAAUGUAUGUGUUUUAUUUAUUAUUUGCAACAUUGGGUAUUUUUGUGUCUUUUUACUAACAUGUGCUCUAUGGAGUUUUGCCUCUGUCCUGGGAGAUAAUUGGAUUACUUCCCAAUUAUCUCCAGGAUAGAGAGGAGGGAUUGUGAUGUAAUUGUGGGAGUGUUUAAAGGUGUAUGUCUUUGAUUGGUCAAUGUCCAAUAUGUUUCCCAGUCUUCCGUCUGGUCCCCUAGGGGAGUGUUCACCAGGUGGGAGACCUGCAUAAAAGCCGGGCAGGUAGCCCCAGAAAAUCAGUUCUGCUUGACCCUCAAACGAAGUGUCGUCUCGUUAUUGGGGGAAUUGGAUUGUAUGCUGAUUGCCAGGAGUGUAAGCUGAUUGUAUGCGUUUCCUGUUCGGCUGGUUCCAGUGUUCAUGUGUUUCCUGUUCGGGAGUUGGAGGAUUCGUGUAGUUUGCAGUUCGGGAGAUUGGUGCUUGCAGUAGCUGCUUGUGCAUCUAAAAGGGGAAUAUCGCCUUAACGGUUUUUAACCUCUUGUGUGCAAAACGAUCCGUUACAUAUCAUAACAGCUGAAAGAACAAAUUUAACAAAAGCGGCUUUUGGAAACUUUGAUCUUUUAGCGGUUUAAAAGAUAGCUCCCUAAUUAGCUAUACUGUGUAUAUCACAUACAUUCUGUAUACAUGUAGCACAUGCAGUACAUUGUAUUUGCACAGCUCCCUUAUCUGGUAAAUAUAAAAAUCUACUAAACAGCUGAAAGAUUAAAAUUUAGAAUAUCCGGUGAUGGCUGAUGGGAAUGUGUGUCUUCACAGGUGAUGUUUGUGACAUCUUAUAAUGUAUACAUGACAAGAUAAAUAUAACCAUGUUACAUAAUGUCUCGGAUGCAUGAGAUGUGGCUCGUGGUAAAUAAAGUGCCAGGAGCUGGCGAGACAUGGCGGCAGUGACCAUAGCGGCUCCAUGUCUAGUGGCUUCCACAAAUACAAACAGACAUACCACCUUGGGAGGCUUUGAGAAAAAUGCCCUCAAGUGACAGUGACCCUUUUAGCAUUACAAAUAAAAUAAAAAUAUAAUUAUUUUAAAAAGUAUCAAAGAUAAAUGUGAAUUUUAUUCAUGAUAAGGUUGGCAUAGUUUUAACUAUGUGGCAUCUGGUACAGACAGUGAGAUGGAUUGUUAUGAAUGCUUUGAAACCCAGGAGUGUUUGUGUCUUUGAGGAGUGGUCUGAUGCAUUGAAUAUUUAUUGCAAUUUAAUCAAGUUAUUGCAUUAUAUGGGGGACCUGCCUGCCAUCUUAACAAGUUAAGCUGUUUGCUAACUUUCUCGAUGGAGCCUGUCCUCUUGGCCCCUCUGUGUCCUCCUCUAGCCCCGUCUUCAUUAUGGAAGCCUUUCCAUGGGCGCUGGUAAUGGGCUGGGAGCGCCCGUUGAAUCUGUCAGCCUAUCACCGGGGUCCCACUGAAUGUCUUUGGCUGGGGCCAAAUUAGAGGGAGGAGGGGGCAGGAGGACGGGUGCUGUUGCGAGCUAUGGGGAGGGGUGUGUAGAUCAUUUUGAGGCGGGAUUGUGGAAAUGUAAGGCCACUGAGUUGAUGGGGCUGUUAUGUGUGUAUACGUCUUUAUGUAUGUGUAUAUAUAUUUAUGGUUUACAAUUUAUUAUUUUCCCUCCCAACAGGCGAAAGAGGCUGGCGCUGAUGAUAUUCUUGAUCUCUCAAAAUGUGAAUUGCCUGAGGUAACGGACUCAGAGCCUGUUAUCUGCUCCCAAUAUAUGAAUACAUUAAUUUAUUUAAUUUACGGACGAAAUGCCAGAGUUGACAGUUUACCCCUCCCUUCUCUUUGUAGAUUCCGGAUGGCAUUUUUUCCACAUGUCGCGUGUUACAGAAAAAGGUAGUUAUUACUGACCCAGUGAAAUAUUAAUCUGAUUCGGUAAAUGACAUAAUAACAUCACUACAGUAAGAACGUCUGAUCUAAGAUCUAUCACAUUUAUUGACCGAUUAUUUUUGAUGUAAUAAAGAACAGGACACACUGCUCACUGUAGUAUAUUGAAGUUAUUAAAAGAUGAUCAUAGACGUGUCUUGUCCCAGCAGAGUGUGCAUAACUGGGCAGCAUUCAUGUAAACUGGUCUAAAAACACAACUCUCAGCAAAUUUCACCUCUCGGUUUUUAAAAACUGGAAAGUAAUACAUUUAAACAUUUUAUUUCAUUUAUUUAUUUUUUGCUUUUAAUCUUUUGCAGGUCCUGAUUCUUCACAGCAACUUCCUAACGCAGCUUCUCCCCAAAUCAUGCCAAAUUUCAGAUCUAUCUGCCUUGAAGGUAACGCAUAUUACAAAUACAUAUUAACCUGUGUUUCUCCUCCAUGUACACAUUCCGGUGGGAUCCGUGGGAGCGUCCUAUGCCGCCAUUUUGUUUAGAAGCGCUGGAGUCCCGAGUGUCUGUCGGUUGUAUUUUAAGUUUGACUUAAUUAGGUCAAAAUAGGUGAAAUUUGGAAUUUAGUGCUUGAGCAUCAGACAAUGAGGAAGCGACAGACUUCCUGUCUUUCAGAUUUCUUUUACUUGUCUCUAAAAAAAAGUAACAGAUUUGUCCCAUAAACUAAUGAAUAGAAUAAGACUAGUGGCUAGGAGGACCCUAGUGGCAAAGUGGCUGAGUGACACGGCCCCAAAGUUUGGCAGAAGUCAAACACAGGAUAUAAGAGAGCUAUCUCGUGGCUAAGCUUUCAGCCAUAGUACGUAGCUUCGGGCAACCUUUCUAAGGGGUAUGGGCUCCACGGUUGGAGUUGGAGGGAUAGGUAGAUUAGGAGAGUGGAGGACGGGUCGUGGUUUUAUUUAUUUUUUCCAAGGAGUUUAAUUUUAGGUUAUCUACCUUUUCAUUGUCGAGGUCAUGGAAGGCAGCUCACAGCCUCAAACAGUACUGCCCUUUCCGACAUCCCAGGGCCACUUAAAGUGUCUACAUAGCACAUAGAUAUAUAUUUAUGUUUAUUCUUCAUUCUCAGGUCCUGUACCAUAGGCCUGGGAGUUUGAGGGCUAUGCGCAGUAUCUUAGCUGUUCCUAGAACUGCACUCUUUUGGACAGCAAUCUCAGAUGUCCCACCUGGAAUCUGUUGAAGCCAAUACCUAACUUGGGAGUCACAGCCCCGAGUGCUCCUAUCACAACUGGGACUACUACUGCCUUCACUUUCCACAUCCUUUCUAGCUCUUCUUUCAGUCCUUGGUAUUUGUCCACCUUCUCAUGUUCCUUCUUCUUUUUUUUUAAACUUUUUUAUUGAGGUAGUAAAAGCAGUACAAUGAGGUCAGCAGCACAAUGAAGUCAACAAAACGACAGGUUCUAUUACAGUUACAAGAACAUCAACAUUAUUGAUAGCGGGGCGAGACCAGUGAAGUUCCCACUUUUGUGUUGUAUAGGGGGGGGGGGUUUGGUGUGUGUAGAUGAGGUUCAUACGGCUUUAACGUCUGUUAACCUAGCGGUACAAUACGGAAGGUAUGCCAGAAUACAAUGCAUGUUAGAGAGUGCAGGGUGUGGGAUGAUGUUCUAGCCGGUCAUCGGGCAUUGUGUGUAGGUGCACGCUGUUAUCCUGUGGCAGGAAUAAAGCAAUAGUGCAUGGGUGAGGGCACUGAAUGGUGGCAUGUUUAGGUGCAUAGCAGUUUGGGAGGUCUGUACGGCCUAUCAGCCUGGGAGGUUGGCUAUGCACGAGGGAAGACAGGGGUUUAGGUCUAGCUGGAGAAGUGGUGUCAGACAACUUGUCCCUGAUUUCCUUGGAGGAAUUGGAGCCAAGGGGUCCAGGUAGUGAGGUAUUCGUCAUAUUUGAGAGUGAAGGAGUAGGAAAGUUCCUCCAUUAUUCUAAUGGAGUCAACCCUGGCGAUCCAGGCUCUGAUAGUUGGGGCUGUAGUCUGUUUCCACAUUGUGGGGAUUAGAGCGUUGGCAGCCGUUAGGAGGUGGUUGAGUAAGAUGCGAUUGUGCUUGUUUAGUGGUUGGGGGUAUGAUAGGAAUAGCAUGGUUUCAGGAGUGUGGGGAAGGUUCACGCCAGUGAUGGUGCGUAUGAGGUUGGCCAUCUGUCUCCAGUAAUCCUGGAUUACGGGGCAGAGCCACCAGAUAUGUCCUGAGGUUCCCUCAGCUUGUUUGCAUCUCCAACAUGUUUUAGGUGUGUUAGGGAAGAAUCUGUUGAUGCGAGUCGGCGUGUAGUGCCAUUUGGCAACUCUCUUGUAGUUGCUUUCGUGGGUGCUAUUGCUCUUGGACGUAUGGAAAAUGUUGUGGAAGAUUUUGUGCCAGUUUUUAGCCGGUAUUUGUGUGGACAGUUCUUUGUCCCAGUGUGUGGUGUAAGUUGGCAGGAUUUCGUCCUGGCUGUGGCGGAUUGUUUUGUAGAAGGAUGAGAUUAGUCCCUUACGUAGUGUGUGGUGGGAGCACUGUAUUUCGAAAAGCGUGGGAUUUCUGUAUCCCUGGAGGAGUAUAGGGUCCGAGUGUAGGAAGUGUGUAAUUUGCGCGUGUCUAAAUCUAAGCAUGCUAGAGGGUUCGGCAUUGGGGGUGAGGUCCUCUAGUGGGAUGAUCCCUUUGUCGUUGCGGACAUCCCCUAGAGUGAGUGUGUGGGUCUGUUUAGGGAAGCUUUGGAGAGCGAUUGGGUUAGAGCCUGGCAGGAAGGCUGGAUUGUCGGUGAGUGGGUAGAGCGGAGACGGGUGUGGAGCUAUAUAUUGGUCCCUCCUUAUGUUGUGCCAGGUUCGUAGGGUAUGAGGGAUUGUCGGAUGUAGCUCUGAGUUGUGUGUUGUUAUGUUGGGCUUUUUUCCUAGCCAUGGUGCCAGGUGUAUUGGUGUUGAGAAGAAGCUGGCUUCAAUCCUUACCCAUUGUGUGUCGUUACGGGGGUGUGCCCAUUCGUAUAUUCGUGUAAGUGUGAUAGCCUUGUGGUACGCCUCCAGGUCAGGGAGACCUAGGCCCCCUCUCUGUUUGCUUUUGGUGAGGCAGUCAUAUCGGAGUCUGGGGGGGUUGUCCGCCCAUAUGAAUGUUUUAAAUGUCCACUUAGCUUGUGCGAAGAAUGAGGUAGGAAUUUUGAUGGGGAGGGUUUGGAGCAGGUAGAGAAAUUUGGGGAGUACAUUCAUUUUGAGGAUGUGGGUCCUGCAAAGCCAUCCGAAUUGUGGCUUGUUCCUGCCUUAAGGUCUGCCGCAAUCUUAGCAAGGAGAGGGGGAAAAUUGAUGUCGUAGGUGCGGUCUAGGGAGGUAGUGAGGUGGACCCCAAGGUAUUUGACCGAAUCUGAGGGCCAUUGGAAUGGGUAUGCGUUGCGGAGUAGUGAUCGGGUGUUGUGGGAUAUGUUAAGGGGGAGUAUCUCGCUUUUGCUAACGUUGAUUUUGUAGUUGGAGACUUGGUGGUAUAGGUCAAUUUGUUGCAUGAGGUGGGUCAGUGAUGUCACCGGGUUUGAGAUUGUGAACAGAAGGUCGUCAGCAAACGCUGUGACCUUGAAUUCGCUUCGUGCUAUUGUAAGGCUCGUUAUAUCGGGGCAGUCCCUAAUUCCCUGCAGGAAUGGUUCCGUUGUGAGAAUAUAUAACAGGGGGGAUAGGGGGCAUCCUUGCCUCGUGCCGUUGGUUAUUUGAAACACGUCCGAAAGUUGGCCAUUCACCCUAAUCCGUGCUCCUGGUUUGGAGUAAAUGGCUGAGAGCCACCUACUCCAGUUUGGGCCGAAGCCUAGCGCUUGCAAUGUCAGUUUAAGCAUAGUCCAGUCCACCCUGUCAAAUGCCUUUUCGGCAUCUAUGGUAAGUAUGAGGCUUUGGGAUUGCGCCAAUUUGGCGGCGUAGAUGAGGCUAAGCAGUUUCGUUGUGUUGUUUUUUGCCUCGUGACCAGGCACAAAACCGGAUUGAUCGGGGUGGAUUAGCCCCUUGAGUAGUGGUUGGAGUCGUUCGGCUAGGAUCUUUGUGAAUAUCUUAAGGUCGCCGUUAAUCAGAGAGAUGGGGCGGUAGCUCCCACAUUCUUCGGGGUCUUUCCCCGGUUUGUGUAUGAGGGUAAUGUGGGCUUCUAGGGAUUCGGUUGGGAGAUUAUGCCCGGAUGUGAGGGCGUUAAAUGCGUCUACGAAUGGAGUUUUAAGGACACUGACGAACGUUUUAUAGUAUUUGGCUGUGAAGCCGUCUGGUCCUGGGCUUUUCCCUAGGGGGAGUCGUUUAACUACUGCUGUGAAUUCCUCAGGUGUCAAGGGGCUGUCGAAGGUUUGUCUGAUAUUCGGGGGGAUAGUAUGGGUGAUCCUCGUGGCUAGGAAAUUGGUCACAUCCUCACCAGAGGGCGGGGUUUGUCUCAGGUUGUACAGACCUGUGUAAAAUGUAUGGAAUUCCUUAAGUAUGUUUGGUAGGAGGUGCGUGCGUGUGCCGUUUUUUUGUUUGAUCGUGGUGAUGUAUGUCCGUUGGUUGGUUUGUUGGAGUGCUCUCGCUAGUAACCUACCACAUUUUCCUCCUUGUGUGUAGUAGGUGUGUUUGGUGCGUAGCAGUGUUCGUUUAACCUUGGAGUUAAGAAGUGUUUGCAGUGUCGUGCGUUUGUCCACUAGUUGUUUGUAUGUGUCCAGGGACAUGUUUUGUUUGUGGGUUUGUUCUAAUUGGCGUAUGUCCACUAGUAGGUCAGCUGUCUGCGCUUCUCUCUGUUUUUUGAGUUUGGAAGCUAGCGCUAUAAUGUGGCCCAUUAGUACCGCCUUGUGGGCUUCCCAAAUGAUUGGUGGGGGGGAGACUGUGGGCUUAUUUUCCUCGAAGUAGUGCCGUAAUGUGUCAGUGAGUGAUGUAUUGAUGGUUGGGUCGUUUAGUAGGGUGUCGUUCAGUUUCCAUUGGUUGCGGUUGGGUGUCAAUGAGGGGACCUGAACAACCAGUGACAAUGGUGCAUGGUCCGACCAGGUGAUAGGGCCAUAGUUGCAGGACUGGAUUAGGUGUAGGUGCCUGUGGUGGAGAAAGAGCAUAUCUAGUCUAGAAUAGGUAUGUUUUACCGAGGAGUAGUAUGAGUAAUCCUUGGUGUGUGGGUGGGUGAUCCUCCAGCUGUCAAACAGGCAGGCUUUGUCUAGUAAUUGGGUCAUCCUGAGUCUAGUGUGAGCGUUGUACGAUGUGGACAUGGAUGUGGUGUCUAGGUUCGAAUCCAGGGACAUGUUUAGAUCCCCUCCCAUUAUCAGGAUACCUUCCAUGUGUUUUUCAGUUUUGGUAAUGUAUUUCUAACGGUGCGUGCCUUGUUUGGCGUUAGGUAGAUACAUGUUGGCAAAUGUCACCACAGUGUUGCCUAUCUUACCUUUCACUAUGAGGAGCCUGCCAUUAGGGUCCGCAUAGUGACUUAUGUGAGUGUAGGGUACGUGUGAACCUAUAAGGAUGGCUACUCCUCUGGUCUUGGCCUCUUUGUAGCACCCAUAGUAUCCUGUAGGGUAAUGGCGGUUACGAACUGUGAUGGUUGAGCCCAUUUUAAGGUGGGUUUCUUGGAGGAAAGCUAUGUCUGCUUUUAGGUUGCGUAGCUCUCGGAGGGUCAGCGCUCUUUUCAUGGGGGAAUUGAGGCCCCUGACGUUGAGGGUGACUAUUGUAAGGCUGGCCAUGUUGACUGCAGGGGGGGGUGUCAUGUUGUGGUGGUCUUGAGUGGGUAUGUGGCAAUCAAAACGAAGUAAAAACAGUAUUAACAAUAUAACAGUGAAAGAAACUAUAUACAAAGCGGCUCUUACACUUGUAGAGCUGGAAGUUGGGGUGUUAUGGAAUGUGGAGUCAGUCAGCCUUGGUUGACGGUGGCUUUCCCUUUGGUGGCUAUUAAGUCCAGGGGAAGUUGAGUUGGCACCGCUUAGGCUUUAGGUGACUCUCCACUUAGUUUUAGAGUAACCGAAUUAGUUCGGUGUGGGGGGGGUUUGGUGAUGUAACGGUACGUCUUUCCAUAGGGAGAGACGGGCAAUCCAUGGUGCUAGAUGGUGAUUUGGAUUGGUAAAUCGGGCUUGGAGGUGUGCAUAGUUUAUGGGACCAUUCGGUGUGUACCGGUCGCAACAGGUGUGGGCGUUGGGGCGCUCAAUGGCUAGGGUCGGAGUGGCUCGUUAGGGCCGGUCCGGUACCUGGGCCAUAGUUAGUGCGCGAAUACCAUCUUCCAACUCUGCAAGGACUUAAGACUUACAGCACAGUAUUAUGGUUAGGAUAUCAGCACAGAAAACAUUUGGAACAUACUCAUAAAACAGUCAUCAUAGUUCCUUCAGACAUUACGCAAUUCGGUUCAACUCUACCCAGAAGCAUACUAGGAGCCUGUCAAGCCUCGGGAAGGGUUGAAGGGUGGGGGGAGGAAAUAGAGAGGGGUGAGAGGGGAAGGGGUGCAUGAAGGUGGGAAGGGUGGGGGGGAAGAGGUUAGAGGAGACAAGAUGUGCUCAAACAUUGUAAACCAACUGAAGAGUAAGAAUGAUACCCGUCCGAAGGUCUUCUACUGGACUUCCCACCGGCAUGUCAUUGCCGUUCAGUAUGCAGAGUACCCAAAGUUUGUGGGGUCGUGUGUAGGAGUCCGUACCGCGGUUAAGGUUAAGUCCUGGAUUCGUAUCAGAGGCAGUACGAUGCUAAAGUGGAGUUUGGUGGGAUCUCUGGUUCUGUUACGGAGUGGGAGAGCUGGUCCGUCUGUUGUAUCGUUGGGGAUGCUAAAAUGAUCCUUUGCAGAGAGUGUGUGUAGGAAUCUUGGCCUCCGGGGUAAGAUGAGUCAUUAUAGUGGCCCAUGGUGGUGGGGGUCCAGGGAAGUGCGUGAGACUUGUUCGUGCUUGUAAUCCAAACUGGGAUGUUCCUUCUUCAUGAUGUUAUAGUCACUGAUUAUUGCCACAUCCACCACGACUGCAGUCUUUCGUUCCUUGUCUGCCACCACGAUAUUGGGUUGGUUGGCCAGCACUUGCUUGUCUGUCUGGAUGUUGAAGUCCCACAGGAUCUUAGCCCUGUCAUUCUCAACUAUCCUUUGUGGUAUCUCCCAUCUGGACUUAGGCAGGUCCAAUCCAUAUUCUGUGUAGAUAUUUCAGUACACAAUUCCAGAAACUUGGUUGUGUCUCUCUGUGUAUGCUGUUCCUGCUAACAUCUUGCACUCGGUUACUGUGUGCUGGAUUGUCUCUGAGUCCUCUGCACAGUCUGCACCUUGGGUCUUGCGUGGUGUGGUAGACUCCAGCAUCUAUUGAUCUGGUGCUGAGUGCCUGUUCCUGUGCUGCUAGGAUUAGUGCCUCAGUGCUGUCUUUCAGUCCUUCCUUUUCCAACCACUGUAGGAUUUUGUCAUGUGAGCCACAUCCACUAUCUGCCAGUGGUACACCCAAUGGAGAAGUUUGUCUUGCCAAGGAACCUCCUCCUUUUUCUCCAUCCUCGAUCUGUGGAAGUCUCAGGCAUUCCCUUAGCAGUUCAUCUUUGGGAGCCAUCUUCGUGAUGUACUUGUGGAUGCUCUGUGUUUCACCCAGGACUGUGGCCUUGACACUCAUCAGGCACGACCUCCUUCCUUCCAUAUAUAUAUCCAAUAAGUUGAGAGGUGCACUCAAAGGUUCUUAUUCCAAGUGAUUCUUUAUUAGUAAAUUAUUUCAUCCAAAGUAUUAUGUCCCGAUCGACGUUGCGACCACUCUUUUUCAAGAUCCAUCAUACAGUGUAAAUCUAAAAUUUAAAUAAGAAAUAAUGUGAAAGCCACUUACCAAUCCAGUGUGCAUGCAGCUCUAUCCCUCCGAACCCGGAAGUGCCCAGACGGGACACGUGAUCACCGUGUCGUGCGUGCGUACGUAUUUGCGUGGUUGCUAGGUAACGUGUAAACAAAGUGAAAAUGUGUUUAUGCCAAUACCGUGCUGAGGAAAAAGUUUUUUAUCUUUUUUUAUAUAAACUGUGGAGUUUCUUGGACAUGCAGUUUCCCAAAUACCAUUUUAGAGGACUGGAAAUCCUGUCCUAAAUAAAUAAUUAUUUUUAAAUUAUUUAAAAAGGCACUGAUUUGCAAAUAAGCAAGUUCUAUUUAUGUGUAUAUAGAUUUUUUUUUUCUCUUUAUUUUAGGUCCUUGAUCUGCAUGACAAUAAAAUGACAUCACUUCCUGUUGAUGUUGGUUCCCUGACAUCAUUACGGGUAAAUAUGGGAGGCACUGGGACAUGCAUCCCUGGGGUGAUGUAAUAGUCAUAUUGUUCUAUGGGGAAAGCAAUUGAUGAACUAAGUGAUUAAAUAUAUAAAAGUCAUUCUAUAUCAAAUCGUGUUGUAACAAAAUUCUGUAAAACUGGCCAUUUAUUGAAUCCCCAAUAAAAUGUUAUUAUAUUUUUUUAGUUGUACCAUAUACAGAGACUCAGUUACAGACAAUAACAGAAGAUAUUUACUGAGGGUGAGAUAUUGAGAGGGGUGGGUUGGAGAACUUCACAGGUGAUUCUCACAUCCCAUGCUCCACUCUAUAGCAGAUCCUGUGUGUGUGUGUGUGUGUGUAUGUAUCUAUGGUAUGUGUAUACAGAUGGGGAUCAAUGUAUACCCACCAGGAGGAGAGUGUAAUAAUUCUCUGUUCCCAACAGGUGUUAAAUGUUGAACGAAAUCUCCUUCGGUCUCUUCCCGACUCAAUUGGAGACUUGGUGCAGCUUCAGACCCUCAAUGUGAAAGGUAUAUUCAGUGCGAUCAGUUUGGAUUUUGGUAAAGGUAUCCUUAACAGACUUUUAAACUGAGCUUAAUGAAAUGAUAGCUUUGCUGUUUAUGAGUGCUUUUCACGUUUUCUAUAGUUUAUACCAUGUUUUAGUUCCACCAUAAUCUCUUGCACUUUGUACAGAUGAUCUGUCUGAGGACAAACUCCUGUUCUCCCAGACAAACACUGCUUCUACCUCCUGCUGUCUCUGUAUGAGCUCAUUAUCUUUCCUUAUCCAGGGAACAAGCUGAAAGUCCUUCCUCAUACGGUGGGUGGGCUGCGCAGUCUGCGGACGCUCGAUGUCACGGAAAACAGACUGCAGGAACUUCCUCAAGAGCUUGCCCAUGUCCGAACUCUCGAGGUAAAGUAUUCCUCUCUACUCUGAGAUUCUGACAAACCAAAAAUAAAUUAUCUAUAACCGAUAUAACACUGAGACAAUCAUAAUGAGUUAAAAGAAAUCUCUCAGACAAUCAGAAUGAGUUAAAAGAAAUCGCCGAGUGGAAUGUGUCCUCACAUAUUUUUAUUUUAUUUUAUAUUUAGGGUCCUCUUAUUCAGUGUCGGGUAAUUCUGCUUUAACCUAGCAACACUCCAUAGCUAGACAUUUUAUCAGAAAUCGUUUUCAGACAAAGGAUUGCAACUAGGGAUCGACCGAUAUUGAUUUUUUAGAGCCGAUACCGAUAAUCUGUGAACUUUCAGGCCGAUAGCCGAUAACUUGCCGAUAUUCUGUACAUUUACCAUUUUGAAAAAAUAAACUAUUUCUAAAGGUAAAUGCGCAGAAUAUACAUGCCACAUGUAGUGGAUGUAGUGUGUUUAGACAGGGGAGCUAUGUGUGUUUGUGUAGUGUGUGUGUGUGUAGUGGAUGCAGUGUGUUUAGACAGGGGAGCUGUGUGUGUUUGUGUAGUGUGUGUGUGUGUAGUGGAUGCAGUGUGUUUAGACAGUGGAGCUAUGUGUGUUUGUGUAGUGUGUGUGUGUAGUGGAUGCAGUGUGUUUAGACAGUGGAGCUAUGUGUGUUUGUGUAGUGUGUGUGUGUAGUGGAUGCAGUGUGUUUAGACAGGGGAGCUAUGUGUGUUUGUGUAGUGUGUGUGUGUAGUGGAUGCAGUGUGUUUAGACAAGGGAGCUAUGUGUGUUUGUGUAGUGUGUGUGUGUGUGUAGUGGAUGCAGUGUGUGUAGUGGAUGCAGUGUGUGUUUGUGUAGUGUGUGUUUGUGUAGUGUGUGUGUGUGUAGUGGAUGCAGUGUGUGUUUGUGUAGUGUGUGUGUGUGUAGUGGAUGCAGUGUGUGUUUGUGUAGUGUGUGUGUGUGUGUAGUGGAUGCAGUGUGUGUUUGUGUAGUGUGUGUGUGUGUGUGUAGUGGAUGCAGUGUGUGUUCGCCAUGUCUUUGUACCAUAUCCUUUCAUGAAGAAUUUUCUUUGUACAUUCCCUGGUGGUCCAGUGGCAUGGAAAGUACAGAGGGGGCCCGCAGGUAGCUCUUACUUACCAGCAGCUCCCUUAAGCUCCCCUGUGUAAAUCUCGCGGCAACGGUAACCCGUGGCAACGCUCUGACGGCCGCGGGACUCGUGAGAUUUACCCAGGGGAGCUGCUGGGAAGGUAAGUAAAAGUGUGUUUGGCCCCCCAGGACCGCCGGGAUUGUAAUGGGCCCGGUGGUCCUGGGAUGUAUUAUCGGCAAUAUCGAUAUCUUUAUUGGCUGAUACCGAUCUUGCCGAAAAUACCGAAUAUUGGCCGAUAAUAUCGGUAAAACCGAUAAUCGGUCGAUCCCUAAUUGCAACUCCCAUCAUGCUUUACGACGGGGCAUAGUUUGCAGCUUAGGUGUCCCGGGGGAAGUGUCACGUCUGAUUAUCUGUUCUCUUUGUGUGUCCAGCGGCUAAAGGUCGUCAUGGCGACUGUAGAAUGUCCGUCUGCAGAUUUUUUAAUAUCCGUUGUAUCUGUAAUGUUUCUGUGUCUGAUCCCGCUUGGUAGAUGCUGUCUCUGGACACAGCCGGCAUGGUCUAUCCCCCGCGCUCUGUCUGCGUGGAAGGAACAGAAGCUAUACAGCAGUUUUUGUGCAAAGGUAAAACCAGAUCAAUUCCAACCUGUGCCUCGUCGUCCUCUCCGACAUCCCUCCUAUCAACAUACACAGCGUAUUCACUAAAGAGAGAACUCAAAGUGAAUCUCCAAUUUAAGGCCAGAGUAGCCGACGUGGAAAAGUCCGCUAUAGUUUCAGUUUGGCUUCGAAGGCCUUAAAUUUGGACUUCACGUUGAAUUCUCACUUUAGUAAAUAACUCUGACAUCACUCCAUAAAUAAAAACAGUGAUAUAUCUCUAACUGCCGCCUGCUUGGAUUAAAGAUAAACCUGGCAGUUUGUGGCGGUAAAUGUGAGAUAUAUCUCAGAUCUGUUUAUAUUCAAUCUGACAUCAAAAUUGUAAGGACGGCAUGGUGCACGUUGUGUAUGUAAGGAAAUCAAGUAUAGCUGAACCGCUUUGAUAAUUCCUCCUGCAAUGCCAGCGUCUAGGGUAGAUCCAAGCAAUGAAGUCCAUAAGAAAUAUAACAGCUUCCCAAGAUAAUCCCCUUGGUAAAGCAUACGAAUUCCCAAAUAACAGUCAGAGUCCAGAAUCAGGAUACAAGUAGAUCUCAGGUCUGGAAUCUCCAGCCUGCUUUUUAUUAGGGUUACAGACAAAAAAUACACACCCAGGGGGAGGCAUUAAAUCACCAAUCAGGUACAGGUUACAGCCCCUACCUCCUUCCCCUCUGAUAAACAGUUAACUUCAUUAAAACGUGCACUAUUUUACCCCAGUUCUGGAUGUACCCCAAAAACAGGGGGUACACCUUUAAAUUGGGCACCGCUGGAUAGUGCUCACUUGUGGGGACAAUAUGUCAAAAAAUCAGUCCAUUCGGAUGAAUGGUUCGGGAGUUAUGGAGCACUAAAGUUUUGACCGACCGCACGGAUCAUCUAGCCGAAAAUAGUUCCAUAAGUUUUGGCCCUGCGGUCGGUCUCCGUUUAGGCGAAUAAAAAAGACGAAAGUCCUGCCAUCCGUUCGCAUCUUCGUGGUCGUUGAAAUCCCCAUACGAAGUUGCAUGUAACUACCGAACGGCCGGUGAUUCGGUUUUUUCCGUGCGAAGUUCUGGAUGUAUGGAGGUCUCAGCGGUGUUCGCCUGUUUGCGUAUCCGAUUUUAGUUCCACGCGUUUGACGGGCAAACACCGCUGUUCGCACGUAAAAUGGCCGCGACCACGUGUAAAGUGCCAAAAUGGCGGCCACCUAGAGUUUACACGGGGAAUUCGCCUGAAUCCAUCCGAAGGGUAGAAAUUAUAGCUAUAUGCCGAAUUCCAGCUGAAUUGGGUGAAUUAACUUGUGCAACAAGGUAGAAAUCCUGAUGAUCGGAGUCAUUUCUUCACACUGCUCCCCUAUAAGUCCAUAGGUCGGCAUACCCGCCUAGACCCUGUCGGGUUGGCUUGGGGAUGUCCGAUGAAAGUAUGUUUUUAGGUGUCCAGUUCGGUCUGGCGGGACAGUCCAUCCGCAUUCCCAUUUUGUUUACCCGGACGGUACUGCAUGGUAAAAUUGUAUGGUUGGAGAGCUAGGCUCCACCGGAGUAGCCUGGGGUUGUCACCAGCUACCCGGUUGAGCCAUACCAGGGGGUUGUGGUCGGUCAUAAGGGUAAACGCUCGCCCAUACAGAUAGGGCUGAAGUUUCUUGAGGGCCCACACGAGGGCCAAGCACUCUUUUUCUACGGUGGCAUAGCUGACUUCUCGGGGCAAAAGUUUACGGCUGAGGUAUGCCACCGGGUGUUCCAUGCCAUCCGCCCCCACCUGGCUUAGCACGGCUCCCAGCCCAAACAUGGAGGCAUCUGUGUGGACGAGAAAUUGUUUAGUGUAAUCGGGUGCUGCCAACACAGGGGCCUCACUCAAGGCCGUUUUGAGCUUCUGGAAAGCGUCCGUGCACUCUGGGGUCCAGGAGACCUGUUUGGGAAGGGCCUUUUUGGUAAGGUCCGUGAGGGGCUUGGCCAGGGCGCUAUAUUCUGGGACGAACUUCCUAUAAUACCCGGCCGUCCCUAAGAAAGCCAGUACCUGGGUUUUGGUCCGAGGUUGGGGCCAGUUAGCUAUGGCUUCUACCUUAGCGGGCUCUGGGCGUUGUCUACCGGAGCCGACACGGUGGCCUAGAUACUGGACCUCGGCUAGGCCUACGUGACACUUGUCGGGUUUCAAAGUGAGCCCGGCGAGGUGGAUUCGUUCGAGUACCCUGGACACAUGACCCAGAUGGUCUCCCCAUGUGCGGCUAUAGAUGGCAAUAUCAUCUAGAUACGCACAUGCGAAGUCCUGCAACCCCUCCAGGAGCCUAUCCGCCAUCCGCUGAAACGUAGCCGGGGCGUUCUUCAUCCCAAAGGGCAUAACCUUGAAUUGGUAUAGCCCAAACGGGGUGACGAACGCCGACUUGGGGAUGGCCGCAGGCUCCAGGGGGAUCUGCCAAUAACCCUUGCACAGGUCCAGGGUAGUCAAGUAGUUCCCCCCCGCCAUACGAUCUAAGAGCUCAUCUAUUCUAGGCAUGGGGUAGGCAUCGGUUAUGGUACGGUCGUUAAGCCUCCGGUAAUCUACACAGAAGCGCGUAGUGCCGUCGCGCUUCGGUACUAGUACCACCGGGGAGGCCCAAGGACUUUGGGAGGGUUCUAUUACCCCUAGCCGUAACAUAUCCCUUAACUCGGUGAGCAUACUCUCACGUACUGCUUCCGGGAUCCGAUAUGGCUGUUGCCGUAGGGGCGUCUCUCCCUGGGUUUCCACACGGUGUACCGCAGCGGAGGUAUAGCCGGGGGUAGCGGAAAACAUCUCUCGGUAUCCCUGCAGCAGAUGGGUAGCCUCACCUUUCUCCAGGAGGUCUAAAUUUUGCCCCAAGCUUACUUGGUCAAUAGUACAGGGGGUGGUCUCCAGUAAGUCAGGCAGGGGAAGCCCUUCACUAUCCUCUGUGGCGGGGGCGCACACGGCGCCCACCUCCUCUGUCCUUUCAAAAUAUGGUUUGAGCAUGUUCACAUGGAAGGCUUUGGUCAGCCUUUCAUCUGAGCAUUUGCUCACGAUGUAGGUAGUCUCGCUAACCUGUUCCACUACCUUAAAGGGUCCCUGCCAGGCUGCUUGCAGCUUGUCCUUUUUAACGGGCCUCAGAGCCAGUACCUUCUGCCCUAAGUCCAGCACUCUAUCCUGGGCCCUCCUAUCGUACCACUUUUUCUGGUCCUCCUGGGCCGCCUGCAGGUUCUCCCGAACCGAUUCGGUGAGGGCCCGCAGACGGUCCCGGAACUCCAGGACAUACUGGACGAUAGGGACUCCCCCCUCAUCUGUAUUGCCCUCCCAGUGUUCCCGUACGAGCUCCAGUGGGCCCCGAACUUUUCUCCCGUACAGGAGUUCGAAGGGGGAAAACCCAGUGGAGGCCUGGGGCACCUCACGGUAGGCAAACAGAAGGUGGGGAAGGAAUUUUUCCCAAUUCUUGUGGGACUCUGUAAAAGUUUUUAGCAUCUGUUUUAGAGUGCCAUUGAAACGUUCACAGAGCCCGUUAGUCUGGGGAUGAUACGGGGCGCUGAACAGGGGUUGCACUCCACAGCUCUGCCACAGUUGUUGCGUCAGGGUAGCUGUGAACUGCGUCCCCCGAUCGGAGAGUAUCUCCUGCGGGAAACCUACUCGGGUGAAUAUCUGAAUAAGGGCCUCUGCCACGGUCUCGGCCUCUAUAUUGGUGAGGGCGACUGCCUCCGGGUAUCUAGUGGCGUAGUCAACCACCGUUAGGAUAAACUUUUUGCCCGACGGACUGGGGCGACUGAGGGGACCUAUUAAAUCCACCGCUACUCGGUGGAAGGGCUGUUCGAUGAUGGGUAGGGGGUGAAGCUUAGCCUUCCGAAGGUCUCCCCUUUUCCCUACCCUUUGGCAUACAUCACAUGUCCUACAAUAGUACUUUAGGUCCUGGGUAGCUCUGGGCCAGAAGAAGGUUUGAGUUAACCUGUCUCUGGUCUUUUUGACCCCUAAAUGUCCUGCUAGGGGAAUGUCAUGACUGAGUUUUAACAACUCAGCCCGAAAUUUACGGGGCACAACUAACUGUCUUUUUAUGACCUGGGUAGCCCCCUGUCCCACCCCCUCGGUUACCCUAUAUAGCAACCCCUUAUACCACUCAAAUUUUUCGUGCGGGUUGUUCUCGGGGGUAGCGGCCGCGGCCUUCCUAUAGCCUUCUAAUGUGGGGUCAGUACGCUGUUCCUGUUCAAACCCCUGGGGGGUAUCCCAGAAGGGUACGGGGGGAUCGGGUAAAGGGGGUAUUUCGACUCUUACCUGGUUCUCCUCAGAGUGCAGCGGAGCUUCCAGUCUGGCUUGAGCUCGGGUGGUAACCGGGUAGGCCUCGGCAGGGGGGUCUCGGGCUAGUUGGGAGGUUAGGCAUCCCACAUCAUUUCCCAACAAAACCUCGGCGGGCAGUUCUUGCAUAAUCCCCACCUCCAGUUGUUUAGACCCGGAACCCCAAUCAACAAACAUAUUAGCGGUGGGCAGUUUGUGAAUAGCGCCCCCAGCCACCCUUACAGCGACUGUGCGUCCGGUGCGAGCUUGUGCUCUGACCGUGUGGGGCUGUACCACAGUCAAAGUAGCCCCAGAGUCUCUCAGCGCCCGGGCCCCCACGCCAUCGACGGUAAUCCAUUGGCGGUGGUGGUCCCGGUUGUCCCCCCCAGCUUGUACUGGAUUGACCUCAUGUAAUACGCUCCACUGUUCUUCGUGGUUAAGGGCAGGGCCUGUGUGUUCCUGUUGCACACAGUGAGCAGCUGCCCUGGGUUGUUGUGGGGCUGGCCGUUCCCAGCUUCCCCGGUUUAAGCGAGGGCACUGAUGCUUGUAAUGUCCUGGUUGCUUGCAGUAGUGACACACUGCAGGAGGUCGAGGUGUGUUUGCUGGGUUCGGUGGGGGGUUACCUAUGGCAGGUCUAGGUGGAGCCGGGUUUGUUGGAGCUGUGUACUGAGGCUUAAAUGGUGGUCUGCUCGCCCCUGGCUCCUUCCUCCUGCUAUCCUGGUACUCGUCCGCUAGCCUAGCGGCCUCCUCCACGGUUUUUGGUUUCCUAUCUUUUACCCAGUCUUUUAUGUCCUCUGCAGUAUGAUUAAAAAAUUGCUCCAGUAUCACUAGUUGCAAAGCUUCUUCUAGGGUGGUUGCCUGGCAGCCCUUCAUCCAAUUGCGGGCUGCCCGCUGCAGGCGAAAAGCCCAUUCCGUAUGGGAAUCUCUCCCAGUCUUUCUCAGGUCUCUAAACUUUUUCCGGUAUGCCUCCGGAGUUACCGCAUAUCUGGCCAACAAAAUGUCUUUUAUUUUCUCAUAAUUAUGUAUGUCCCCCUCAGGUACUGCUCGCAGCGCCUCGGCUGCUCUACCUGACAAUUUACUGCUGACGACUGCAGCCCAUUUGGUGGAGUCUAAUCCCUCCAGUGCACACUGGCGUUCAAAGUCUUGCAAGUAACUGUCAAUUUCCAUUUCAUUGUCAACAAAUGAUUUAAACGCUGCAUAAUUUACCUUCUUUGGUAUUUCCCCAAUACUUCUCGGGGGGUGUAGCAAAUCCCCCUGUGACGCUCUGUCCCGGUCAUCUCGCUCUUUUUGCGCUUGUCUGGCUUGUGCUACGACCUGCAGUAUCGCCUCUGAGGAUGGAUUGGGUCCCAAUAAACUGAGUGUCCAUCGGAUGUCCUUUUGCAUCACGGUUUCUUCCUCUUGGUCCAUCUCUAUAUUACUGGUAUUAUCGCUCUGCAUUAACUCCGCAAUUAUCGUGGCUUUUGUUUUGUUACUUGCCACUCUGCCUCGAGCUUCCAGUAAGUCCUUUAGCGUGGUUCUUUUAAGUAGCUGGUACUGCUGAGCCAUUCAUUCCUUUGCUUGUUUUGAAAUGUCCAUUUGGGAUUCGAAUCCCUCCGCUUGCCACCAGUUGUAAGGAAAUCAAGUAUAGCUGAACCGCUUUGAUAAUUCCUCCUGCAAUGCCAGCGUCUAGGGUAGAUCCAAGCAAUGAAGUCCAUAAGAAAUAUAACAGCUUCCCAAGAUAAUCCCCUUGGUAAAGCAUACGAAUUCCCAAAUAACAGUCAGAGUCCAGAAUCAGGAUACAAGUAGAUCUGAGGUCUGGAAUCUCCAGCCUGCUUUUUAUUAGGGUUACAGACAAAAAAUACACACCCAGGGGGAGGCAUUAAAUCACCAAUCAGGUACAGGUUACAGCCCCUACCUCCCUCCCCUCUGAUAAACAGUUAACUUCAUUAAAACGUGCACUAUUUUACCCCAGUUCUGGAUGUACCCCAAAAACAGGGGGUACACCUUUAAAUUGGGCACCGCUGGAUAGUUCUCACUUGUGGGGACAAUAUGUCAAAAAAUCAGUCCAUUCGGAUGAAUGGUUCGGGAGUUAUGGAGCACUAAAGUUUUGACCGACCGCACGGAUCAUCUAGCCGAAAAUAGUUCCAUAAGUUUUGGCCCUGCGGUCGGUCUCCGUUUAGGCGAAUAAAAGAGACGAAAGUCCUGCCAUCCGUUCGCAUCUUCGUGGUCGUUGAAAUCCCCAUACGAAGUUGCAUGUAACUACCGAACGGCCGGUGAUUCGGUUUUUUCCGUGCGAAGUUCUGGAUGUAUGGAGGUCUCAGCGGUGUUCGCCUGUUUGCGUAUCCGAUUUUAGUUCCACGCGUUUGACGGGCAAACACCGCUGUUCGCACGUAAAAUGGCCGCGACCACGUGUAAAGUGCCGAAAUGGCGGCCACCUAGAGUUUACACGGGGAAUUCGCCUGAAUCCAUCCGAAGGGUAGAAAUUAUAGCUAUAUGCCGAAUUCCAGCUGAAUUGGGUGAAUUAACUUGUGCAACAAGGUAGAAAUCCUGAUGAUCGGAGUCAUUUCUUCACAGUGUACAAUAGCAAUUGGAACGUAUUCACUAAACUAGGAAUCGUGGGGAGAUAACCGCAUGUCUGCAUAAUACACGGUGCUGCCAUGUUUCAUUUAUCUGUUUAUAAAUUGCUGUGUUUUGGGUCUGACAAGUUCCUCCAGUUUGUGUUUUGUUUCUAUUCUUUCGCUAGAGGUCGGCGUUGAAUACUGUGCACCCUCGCAGUAUCUGCUCUCCGUCCUGGAAAACAGUGCGGGAGAAGGGGACUCCGUGGACGGGGCACCUGUAGCAUUCCAAGCGGAGGAGGUGGAGUGGCAGGUAAACUGUGUGUAUUGUGUCUGUGUAACAGGACGAGCAGUAACAAUUCCAUGAGUGACGCGGCAGGAGGGCUAUGGUCUCAUGUGCACGGCCGGUGCAAGGAUUCUUGCCGCCCUAGGCAACAAUCCAUUUUGCCACCCCCUCAUGAAUGCAACUACUUUCCCUCAGAGUUUAUUCACUAAACUCUGAAUUGCAUUGAAGAGACAUUUAGGGAAAGAGAAGCACUGAGGAGACAUUAAAGGGUAACCAUAGUGCUAGGAAAACAAAAUUAUUUUCCUGGCACUGUAGCUUCCCCCUCCGUCAAGUGCACCUCCCCCCUCGUGGUGCAAAAGGGGUUACAAACCCAUACUAAGUCACAUCCCGGCUUCCCCCUGCCUGCAGGAAGCAGUGCUCUGCUCUGGUGCUUUGCCCGAGCAGGCAAGCGGCAGAGAGGCGCCAUGCAGGUGAAUGGCUGCACUGGGGGGUGGCUAAGGAGCUGCUCACCCAGCACAGCAUCCCCAGACAGCAGCAGGGCAGCCCACCAGGAGACAUCCCGGUGGGCGCCCCCCAAAGGCCGUCGCCCCAGGCGAAUGCCUUAUUCACCUUAAUGGUAGCGCAGGCCCUGCUCGUGUGUGAAUUGAUGUUAAGUGGAAGACGGAUGGUUGUAGGAUAUCUCAUGUAGUAAGGGGUGUACGAACUGAUACAUAUAUGCUCAGAUGUCACCAUUCUUUUAACUGGAAGCAAGAAUAGACAGAAUGAGUGAACCCUCCAUUUUGGGUGAUUUAUAAGAUUUCUGAUCAAAUUUUACGGUCUCAUGCUUUUUUUUUCUUCUAAUUUUGUACUUCAAUAAUUAUAUUGUUUCCGAACCAGGAGGGUAUUAUUUAUUUCUGGUGUAAAUCUGCAGUUUUCUGUAACAAACUUUUUUCUGAUUUCUUAUUUCAGAACAAAUUUUCAGAAUACGAAAGGAGAAAGGUGGGUCCAUCAGGGAAAAGGAGGUAUUUGGGGAGAGACUUGGGCACUUUCACCCUCCGCCAUCUGGGUGCCCAUGCCCUUCCCAUCCAGGCCUCUAACCUCCCCCACCUGGGAUUAUAUAUAUAUUAUAUUACUAUAUUAUAUGCUUUAUUUGCUUUUGUAGGAACAGAAAAUGCUGGAAAAACUGGAAUUUGAACGUCGUUUGGACCUGGGGCAGAGAGAAUAUGCACAGCUUGUCCAACAGAACAACACGCAGAAAGACCAGAUCCUGCAAUCCGUGAGACAGGUGAGUCGUUUAAAAUCUUCCAAACCUCAAAAUAAACACAUCCUAAUGGUCACCACAGUCGUUCAACAGAUGGUACAGGUAUUGUGAUCAAUAGUAAUGUCCAUAUUGAACCACUCAGAAGGUCCAAAUUACUGCGUUUAAAUCCUCUCCCUGGCUGAUUACUAGAUCCCUUGGACCCAACACAGUCUGGCUAAUUCUACAAAUUAGAACAUAAUGAAUACCCAACAUAAUGCGAAAUUCUAUGAUGUCACAUUAUCAGAACAAGUUGUUUAAAAUAUAGAACGCAGAAACCUUGAAUUUUAGCGGGAUGGCUAUUCCACACAUCUACACCUAUUCUAUUAAAAUGAAUUAUUUAGUCUUAGGUGUUUCAAAGGCCACAUUGCGUGGCUGAAAUGUUAUCUGCGUACCACAUUUCAAAUUAAUGUUUGUGAUUUACACCCUCUUGGAGAGCCUGGAUCCAUUACUUUAUAUUUAUGGGAUUUCUGAAAAGCUGGCUGCCUCAAGGUUAUGGGAGCAAUGAGGGUCCAUUGACUGUUACGUUGUAUCACAGUGAGUGCAUAUAGACAGGACGAGUUACAGACAGACAGAGCUGAUGGUUUGGUGCCUCUUGUCUCAGGAGCAAUCACGGCUCGAUAAAGGACUGACCCAACACCAAAAGCAGCUCCACAACGACCGACAGGAGCUACAGGAGCAGCUUAAACAGAUGGAGAAGAGAAUCUCCUUCCGCAUCUCAAAUCUGCUGGAAGAAAACCAGAGGUAAGAGUAGUUUCAUGUGGUGAUCCCGGUGACCCUCCACCCAUCGUUGAAUUCAGCCAGACACAAUCCAUUUUCUCUUAGUUUAAUUUUUGACGCUGCGUCCAGCACGGCUGAGGAGGUUGCAGCUUUUUUUAUUCCUACCCGUUGCAUCAUUAAUUGGAUUAACAGAAACCUGUCUGGGAUAAUUCAAUUGGGUAUAAUAUUUAGCAUUAUUUAGCUGAUAACAAGUGCAACCAAAUUACUGUAAAUGUUGAAUAUAUCAUUUUCUGAUAAAACUGAGCAGUUGAUAAAUAAUUGUCCUACGAUAGUUUAGCAGAAACUCAUAGAAAUUUUAAUUGAUUAAACCUAGUCUAGCUCCUGUUUGUUACGCUUGUAUUGAGUCUUGUUAUACAGAGCACCCCAUAUGAUAUGUUAUUAUUAAUUUUUUGAUAUUAAAUACUGUUAUUUCUACUUUUCAGACAGAAGCAAAGUGCCGCCAUUUUGAAAUCUUUGGAUGACGAGCGGUAAGUGUUGUUACUUUUUUUUAACUCUAAAUAAACACAAGACAUUCUAUGCCUUAAUAACAUAAUCUUCAUUUAUUCAUUAACACCCCGCUGGUCAUUAAGGCAGUAGUGCUAUCAGUCUUGGUUUCUGUCUGUUCUCUUGGUUCAGUCCCAACCCGAGUUUUUGACUCGCCGUGGCGGGAUUUGAACUUGUCCCGGGAAAUGUUCUAUGAAACCUCUUUCUGUCACCUUAUAAAUGGCGAUCACCAUGCUUUGAUCAGUAAAAGCAACCACAGUCAAGAAACGUAGCCUUGUAGCGUGAUGUAAGCAUUGUGUGAAGCCUCGCUUAAUGAAUGUUUAUUGUGCCACCUUGCAGGAUAAGAAUGGAGCAGCUCAUGGCAAUCACACAAGAAGAGGCGGACAAUCUGCGUCGAAAGGAAGUAGCGUGUAUGUAGACUUAAUCCAGAAACCAGUUAUACCUUUAACUUCUAGAUACUUAGCAUAGGAUUGUGGGCAUUCCGAUGUGAUGAAACCUAAUCUCCAUCGCCCUAAUGUUCCCCAAUGCUUCUCGUUAUUGAAUUGUCUCAUUUCAUCUCUUAAACAAUUUGUAUUUGCUCUCCUGUAUGAUAAUUACUGCUAGAAAUGGGGAUCAGGGCAAAAAUUAAGCCAAAACCAAAAAAUUCUUAGAUUACUUUGUACUAGUUUAGUCGGAUUUAGGAAUACACGUGUGCGUUGUCUUAUAAAUAACAUUUUGUGAUUGGGCCUGUCAUUUUUUGUUUUUAUAAUUCUCAUGUCUAAGCACAUGUAGUGCUCUGUAUACAGAUUAUUCAGUCACAAGUAAUGUCGUAUUAUUAGAGAUUGUAUCUAUUUAUACAUCAUUCCAUUCUGUGCCCAUAACCACGAACCCAUCCGAGUGACUCUCUGUUUCUGUCUGUGCAGCCGCCAUGCAGCAGAUGCUCUCGGAGAGCUAUAAAAGCCGCCUUCUCCAAAUGGCUUAUGAGUCCCGUCGCCAGGAGAUGGUUAGCCAGGCAUGCUCCAGGUGAAGACACUUGAUAUCCAGUGGGAAUUACAGAUAGUUCUGGCAGAGUUUAACUACGGGCAGUGAGAUUUGCUAGAAUUCACAAAGCAACAGAUGGACAUGUUGAUCUAGAAUACCCAAUGUAAGACUGGCAUAUAUACACCCAGUGACAGAUUGGCAGCCACAGGCCGUGCCAGGUACCUCUGCUCCAAUUUUAGUGGUGUGACUGCAUGUGUAACCGGGGUGUGUAGCUAAGGACGUUUAAGUGACUGAUUUCUAAAUAAAUUUAUUUUAGUUUAAAGACACAUUACUGGGAGUAUUAUUGCUGUGGAGCUCUGUUAUACUUCAGACACAUUACUGGGAGUAUUAUUGCUGUGGAGCUCUGUUAUACACUCAGACACAUUACUGGGAGUAUUAUUACUGUGGAGCUCUGUUAUACACUCAGACACAUUACUGGGAGUAUUAUUGCUGUGGAGCUCUGUUAUACACUCAGACACAUUACAGGGAGUAUUAUUGCUGUGGAGCUCUGUUAUACACUCAGACACAUUGCUGGGAGUAUUAUUGCUGUGGAGCUCUGGUAUACACUCAGACACAUUACUGGGAGUAUUAUUGCUGUGGAGCUCUGUUAUACACUUAGACACAUUACUGGGAGUAUUAUUGCUGUGGAGCUCUGUUAUACACUCAGACACAUUACUGGGAGUAUUAUUGCUGUGGAGCUCUGUUAUACACUCAGACACAUUACUGGGAGUAUUAUUGCUGUGGAGCUCUGGUAUACACUCAGACAUUACUGGGAGUAUUAUUGCUGUGGAGCUCUGUUAUACACUCAGACACAUUACUGGGAGUAUUAUUGCUGUGGAGCUCUGUUAUACACUCAGACACAUUACUGGGAGUAUUAUUGCUGUGGAGCUCUGUUAUACACUCAGACACAUUACUGUGAGUAUUAUUACUGUGGAGCUCUGUUAUACACUCAGACACAUUACUGGGAGUAUUAUUGCUGUGGAGCUCUGUUAUACACUCAGACACAUUCCUGGGAGUAUUAUUGCUGUGGAGCUCUGUUAUACACUCAGACACAUUACUGGGAGUAUUUUUACUGUGGAGCUCUGUUAUACACUCAGACACAUUACUGGGAGUAUUAUUACUGUGGAGCUCUGUGAUACACUCAGACACACUAACAACAUGGAGCUCCUAGAAAAGAGGGACAGAGGGAUUUGGGUCCAGCAUUGUGACUGACUCUCCUAGAAAGGGUCUUGUCAGGGAUACAAUAUUUUAAAUGUAAGCUAAUAGAAAUAUCUUUGUUAGAUGGGAGGGGACCUUGUUGUUAUUCAUUUCAUUUUUUGUAAUUUCUCUUUUAUUUACAGCUUGGCAGAUAUGGAUCAUAAACUGCAGCAAAUUCAGGUCUGGCAACAACUGGAUCAAAGUAAAGCCAUCAGUCAGAUCUUACAGGAGGUAUGAGUUCUCCUUAGGGAUAGGGGCUUACAGCUCAACCUAGCAGCUUCAUAUAACUGUCACAGAGCUCUGCAGCUGUCCAUUUACCUUAAUACUGAACUAUGCAGCUCUAAAUAAACUGAGCACUGAACCCAGCAGCUCUCCAUAGACUGAAUACUGAACCCUGCAGCUCUCCCUGGUGAGCCUCUCAUUUAGAGGAGCACCCCUGUGAGACUCUCAUUUAGGUGAAUACCCCUGUGAUCCUCUGAAUUAGAGGAGCACCCCUGUGAGCUUCUCCUUCAGGGGAGCACCCCUGUGAGACUCUCAUUUAGGGGAAUACCCUUGUGAGCCUCUCAUGUAGGGAAGCCCGCUUGAGAGCCUCUCAUUGAGUACAGCACCUCUGUGAGCCUCUCAUUUAGGGGAGCACCCCAUUGAGAGCCCCUCAUUUAUUGGAGCACCCGUGAGCCUCUCAUUUAGACAAACAUCUCUGUGUUCAUCUCUCUGGUGAAGGGAUCUGCCUUACAGACCUCUAUUACAGUUAAUAUUUGGUGCAACACAGAGUUUAAUCCUGAAAUAUCCUCUGUUCUCUUUCAGUCAGAGAUCCAGAAAGCUGCGUUUGAGGCUCUGCAGCUUAAAAAAGAUCUGAUGCACAGACAGAUAAGAGAGCAGGUGAGUGUGAGUGUAAUCGUACGUCCUUAUCAAAAGAAAAGGGAAAAAAAUAAACAUUCUUUUUUUCAGGGUUGGCUAAAACACCCCCAGCUUCGAUAGAAUCUCAACUCCCAUGAACCUUAGUCAACAUUGCAUUUGGCAAACACCAUGAGUGUUCCAUUGUAAUGGUGGCCCAUUAUAAUCCUGAAACGGUUCUGAGACUGUGCAGGGAAGGAGGUGACUUAAUACCAUUUUAUUAUUUUUUGGGACUCCGUAUAACAGUUCCCCAAUUUGUGCCGAUUCAAACCAAAAUGUAAAAUGGAGACAUGUAAAAACUUUGUAUGAUAUCCAGUGACCGGCAUUUCGAGCACUAAUCAUUUCCUGUUAUCACAGAUCCUGGCUAGAGAACGCUGUUUAUUAUACAGUAAUGUCUCCUCCAAUGGUUCUGAACUAUAUUUCCCAUGAUGCCCAGCUAGCCCUGCGGCCAUCGCUGGUAUAGAAUAUUCUAUUAAUUUCCUGCACACCCAUGUUAGCCUCUAAUACUGGGCAUCGCAGAAUAAAUUCCUAGCCGGACAGUUUCCGUGACAUUCCCCGCUUCUGCUCCAGCAUGUUUUCAGUUACCCUAAUUCCUGGCUUCGCUGUUUGGCUUUAUUUAUUUUGGUUUUCAUCCUAUUUUCAUUCAUCAAUGGAGACAUACUAGUCGUGGUGAAAGGAUGAACCCGUUGGGCCGGCUUAUACCUAAACUACGGGUAAACAUGUUAGGAUUUGAAUAUUUUUGGGAGGGUAAUGUUUACACAUCCUCACAGCAGUCUGAAACCUUUAAAAAUAAUUAUUCUCCAAUUCUGCUUGUAUAGCCACCCUUCACACUGAUUGGACACCUCAAAUCUACGCGCUAAUAUGGCACUGUCUAUGGGGUCAGCGACAUUUAAUUUCCCAGAAUCCUUCACUCACAGGAGAGACAGGAAGUGGACAUACUGUGAAUCACUUAAUCAGGGAGUAAUAAAAAGUGAUUGUUGUAUUUAUUCUGUCAUAUUAAAAAGUGAGCAAAUCUUGACUCAAGCAGAGCACGUAAUGAUAGCGUAGGUCUCUUUAUUGGACGCUGUUAUAAAUGAACAUAUUCUAUUUGUUAAAUGAACCUCCAAGUAAUGCACAUUGCUGGCUAGGAGCUGCAAUUGGAUGAUUACGAGAUUAGUGGGCGCUGUAAGUUGCUGGUUAGUAGAUGGUAAGUAGGCGCUGUAGGUUGCAGGGUGGGGGCUGUAGUUUGCUGGUUAGUAGAUAGUGAGUUGCUGGUUAGGAGAUGUAAGUAGGCGCUGUUAGUUGCUGGUUAGUAGAUGGUAAGUCGGCGCUGUUAGUUGCUGGUUAGUAGAUGGUGAGUAGCUGGUUAGUAGAUGGUGAGUAGCUGAUUAGUAGAUGGUAAGUAGGCGCUGUUAGUUGCUGGUUAGUAUUUGGUGAGUAGCUGAUUAGUAGAUGGUAAGUAGGCGCUGUUAGUUGAUGGUAAGUAGGCGCUGUUAGUUGCUGGGUAUGGGCUGCAGUUUGCUGGAUAUUUUGGGCAUACAGAUGGUUAGUAGAUGGUAAAUUGGCGCUGUAGGUUGCAGGGUGGGGGCUGUAGUUUGCUGGUUAGUAGAUAGUGAGUUGCUGGUUAGGAGAUGUAAGUAGGCGCUGUUAGUUGCUGGUUAGUAGAUGGUGAGUAGCUGAUUAAUAGAUGGUAAGUAGGCGCUGUUAGUUGCUGGUUAGUAGAUAGUGAGUUGCUGGUUAGGAGAUGUAAGUAGGCGCUGUUAGUUGCUAGUUAGUAGAUAGUGAGUUGCUGGUUAGGAGAUGUAAGUAGGCGCUGUUAGUUGCUGGUUAGUAGAUAGUGAGUUGCUGGUUAGGAGAUGUAAGUAGGCGCUGUUAGUUGCUGGUUAGUAGAUGGUGAGUAGCUGGUUAGUAGAUGGUAAGUAGGCGCUGUUAGUUGCUGGUUAGUAGAUGGUGAGUAGCUGAUUAGUAGAUGGUAAGUAGGCGCUGUUAGUUGCUGGUUAGUAGAUGCCGAGUAGCUGAUUAGUAGAUGGUAAGUAGGCGCUGUUAGUUGCUGGUUAGUAGAUGGUGAGUAGCUGAUUAGUAGAUGGUAAGUAGGCGCUGUUAGUUGCUGGUUAGUAGAUGGUGAGUAGCUGGUUAGUAGAUGGUAGUAGCUGGUUAGUAGAUGGUAAGUAGGCGCUGUUAGUUGCUGGGUAUGGGCUGCAGUUUGCUGGAUAUUUGGGGCAUACAGCAUCCUGAGCCCUGCUUAGAUUUCUUUCUUUCCAAGCCCCUCAUAAGUUAAUAUUUAAGCAACAAACUGUAGCCUUUGUUCAGGAUUUAAUGUGUUUGCCAGCACUUCCUUGCAAAGUCCCAUUUUCCAGCUUUCAAUUUGCUUUGGAUUGUGACCAUCCUCGAACCGACGCUAAUAACCUGCGCCCGCAUUGUGUCCCUGUGUUACUCCACAUCUCUCUGUGUAAAUAAAGCAGGCGCGUACUUAUGCAUUGAUAUGUUUUAACUAUACAUUGAAUAAAAUGAGUAGUAAGAAGCCCCUCGGUGCCAUCCACCGGAGCGUCAGUAAGUAAGCGGGAAUUGAUCCAAACCCUCCUGUCUCAUCUUCUGCCUAGAUUAUAUUAAUAGAGACUGAGUUAAUGCAGCUGACUCACCUUGAGAUAACCAGGCAAGAAUUGGACACCGAGGCACUGCAGGUAUGUGGUCCCCUGGAGCCCCUCCGCAACACCCAUUGCAGGAUUUCCGAUUUGUCUUUACUAACAUUUCUUCAUACAGCUGAUUCGGGAGAGGGGGCACUCUGCUCACACUACACAGACACCUACAUUGUUACUCAGUCUAGAUUAGGCCUUUACCCCCAAUACCUGUGCUGCACCUGAUAUUAGUGGCUUUAGUCUGUCUGCGUCUGUUUGUAUUUUCAGAUUUGAAUUUAAUUUAACUGGAUCUUUAGUUUAGUUUUCUCAGGGGUGACAAAUUUUGCUAGUGCAUUAUUUCACUGGAAAUGCUAGCGUUUUUUUAACAAGGAAACCUAAGGGCUUAUUGGUGGGGAAUUCAAACUAUUCGGCCUGAACCCUCCUCCCUCCCCACCAGCUUCUGUCUCUCCCCCCCCCCCACUCUCCACUUUGUGUGAAUACCAUGUGCGUUACACUUUGUGUGAAUACCAUGUGCGUUACACUUUGUGUGAAUACCAUGUGCGUUACACUUUGUGUGAAUACCAUGUGCGUUUUUCUUGUGUGUGUGUAUACCAUGUGUGUUUCUCUUUGAAUACCAUUUGCAUUUCUCUUUGUGUGAGUACCAUGUAGUGUCUCUUUAUGUAUAUAAGAUGUACGUUUAUUUUUGUGCGAAUACCAUGCGUUUCUCUUUGUGUGACUAUCAUGUGCAUUUCUCAUUGUGUUUAUACCAUGUACGUUUCUUUUUGUGUAUACAACAUGUGCAUUUCUCAUUGUGUGUAUACCAUGUACGUUUCUUUUUGUGUAUACAACAUGUGCAUUUCUCUUUGUGUGUGCAUACCAUGUGCAUUUCUCUUUGUGUGAGUACCAUAUAGUGUCUAUUUGUGUAUAUAAGAUAUACGUUUCUCUUUGUGUGAAUACCAUGUGCGUUUCUCUUUGUGUGAAUACCAUGCGCGUUUCUCUUUGUGUGAAUACCAUGCGCGUUUCUCUUUGUGUGAAUUCCAAUGCGCGUUUCUCUUUGUGUGUAUACCAUGUGCAUUUCUCUUUGUGUGUAGACAUGAUAAAGGAUAUUUAUUAAUGUGUUCUGAAAGCGACUGUUAAAUUCUGUCUUUUUUUAAAAUCGUAUUUCUAAAAUUGCUCCAAAAGCGAUUAAAAAGUUAAACAUUUUUCCAUAAUUUAUUCUGCCAGUAUGAGCAGAAAUAGCCGUUUCACAAGAAAACCAAACUUAGAGUGACGGGAAACUAACACUUUUUCUAUUGUAAAAAGUGGUUGAAAGAUUUACAUUUCUGUUGCGCCACCAAAAACAUGGCAUACAUUCAAAAUGUAUGGUUAGGAAGCAAAAUACGCAACAACAGAUUUAAUAAAUAGUGCCAAGUAUUCUCUGAAAAUUAGUCGUGAAGUUUUGGCAACACUUUGAUAAAUCUAUCCAUAUAUUUCAACUUUUCUUUGUGUCUAAGUAUAUUUCACUUUGUGCGUAUAUAAAGUACGUUCAGCUCUCUGUAUAUUUCUGCGUAUAUAAAGUAAGUUUACGUCUUAGUGCGUAUAUAAUGUACGAUUCUCUUUGUGCGUAUAUAAAGUACGUUUACGUCUUAGUGCGUAUAUAAUGUACGAUUCUCUUUGUGCGUAUAUAAAGUAUGUUUACCUCCCUGUAUGUUUCUCGUUGUGCAUAUAUAAUAUAGUUUACCUCUUUGUAGGUUUCAGUUUGUGUGUAUUUAAAGUACGUUUUUCUUUGUACGUAUAUAAUGUACAUUUAUCUCUUUGUGCCUAUGUAAAGUAAAUUUUUACCUCUCUGCAUAUACAGUGUAUGUUUCUGUUUGUGUGUAUACAGUGUAUGUUUCUGUUUGUGCGUAUAUAAAGCGCCUUUCCCUUUGUGCAUACAUGCUAUAUAUUUCUAUCUGCGUCUAUAUAGUGAUGUUUCUCUUUCUGCGUAUAGAAAUGAUUUAUCUUUCGUACAUUCUCUACGUCCUGUUGGUAUAUAUGUAUGUCGGUGCGUAUGCGAUGCCUCGUGUCUUUAUAUGUAGUCACUCUUCGUGUGUCUUGUAUAUAAUAUUUGUACAUUUUCCUUCUGUUGGUAUUUGUUGCCGUCUGCGUCCUUGCUAUGAUUGUGUCCUCGCUAGGAUAGAGUAUUUGGAAGUAGACUAAAGGUCUGAAGGAUCAGUCUUUGUAAUACGGGAGGGCACGGCAAUCCUGACCGCCCUGGCAGUGUCCAGGCAGCAGACAUACAGCAAAGAGUCUGUACUUCUCCCUCUCGUUCCCUGUCUGAUAACCCCUCGUUACCUCAUGCCUCUCCCACCUGUCCCAUCAUACAGCAGACUUCAUCAUCUUUUGGUUCCCAACCCCCCGGCCUCUAUUCCACACUCACAUCUUGCACCUAGGCCCCCCCUCUCUGUAUCCUUAUCUCCCUUCUUCAACCCUUGCUAACCCUCCUGUACCCCACCAUCACACCCCUUUUAUUCCACCCCAUAUACUAGACUUUGCAACUCGCAAUCUUGUGAUUGAAUUUUCAGGAUAAAUAGGUAAAACUCAGGGGUCAUUGCAUUGUUUUCAUUUUCCUUUGCCGAAUCAUCGCUUUCAACCAAAUGUGAGAAGACCAUUUCUGUUUUGGCCAUCACCUUCCCAUCACCUUCCCCUGCCUUGCUUCUCGUGUGUGAGAACAUAUUGACACAAUAGAUCCCAAUAAAUCCCAGAUUUGACUUGUAGUGAUUUUUUUUCCACAAAAUAUUAUUUUUCUAAUUUAUUCCUUAUUUCAAAUAAAACUCUCCAGUAUCCUCACGCCCCUUUUGUGAUGCUCAUAUUUUGUAUUGACCCCUGAGGGGGGAGAGAUCACCAUGAAGUAGCAUUUAUCUUUGAAUCCCUUCCAAGGUUUAAUAAAGCUUACCCUCCUGUGUUUUAGGGGGGGAUUGUCCAUCCAUUUUCGUGUUACAAUUCCCGAACCCCGGUUUCAAGGCGCAGGUGAUUUUACUGUGAAUGAUUCUGUUUUCAAUUUGCUGCAGGAAGAAAUCUCAGCGCAACGCCUCACACUCAGCGAACUCUUACAACAACUCCUGAAAGAUAAGAAGCAGAGAGAGGAAGAGCUUCUGGAUGUGUUGGUAAAAUAGCUUUCAUCUCUCUACAUGUCUGUAAUAUUGUCUGAAUACAGCAAUCACUAACAACAAACCAACAAUGCCACACACUGGUAUAAUUAAAGGCAUAUAAUAACCAGAAAUCUAUCUUUGCAUGAAUGAUUCUAUAACUAAUAGUCUCUAGAAAUUAAACCGUCCACGGCAUUUCAUGUGGACUGGCGGCUAAUGUUAUGGUCUUCUAUCUCAUGGGCUAAUCCUAGAUAUUUGUGACUUUGUUUUUUCCCUCAGCGCCAAAUGGAUGCAAAAAGUGAAGCCAAUCAGGAGAAUUACUGGUUGAUCCAGUAUCAGCGCCUGCUAAACCAGAAGCCGCUGUCUCUCAGACUCCAGGUGAGAGCAGGAGUCUGGAUACGUGUUGUGGUAUUAAUAUUAUUAUACACAAAAAAACAGAACAAAAAAGCGCAAUAUAAAAUUAAAUCAUCUGUAUGACACCAAAUAUUAAAAGUCCAAAGAUACAUUUUUUUUAGCUGCCAGACAUAAAAGGUUAUUCCGCAAACCUAUGUGAUAGAAUGUCCAAAAGUAGAUAAAUGUCAGCGCUGUGCAAUAGCCCCAAAUAAGUGUUUAUGGGGAAGUUGGGUAUUGAGAUAAAUGUCUAUGAUUUCCACCUCCACAGCGGUGGUUUAGGAAAUUAGGAGUAUUCUGUGUAAACUUUGUAUCCAACAGCAGUGAUCACAGUAACGUAUCUUCAAAGAUACAAACCAAGCAAAGAAAGUGCAACACAGUUUAUUAACAUAAUGUAAAAAUAAAAAUCCAAAUCCUUUAAAAAACUCAUACACCGUAAAAAAGAUGGUGUUUAAAUCCUACUUUCCAUCUAAGGAUCCAAACAGAGUCCAGGAUAUGUAGCAGAUAAGCAGUGUGCUGAAAGGAUUACCACUCCGUUGGUGCAGCAGGAAUCCAGAAAAUGUCCAAGUAUCCAGCCGAAAUGCUGCAAGUUCAAAUGUAGGCAUGACAAAGCACUUACUGCCAAAGGUGUCUGUCUGCAAAGAUAAGAUGAAAGCUUCCCCACAAACACUUAUUUGGGGCUAUUGCACAGCGCUGACAUUUAUCUACUUUUGGACAUUAAUAUUAUUAUACAGAGUAAUAUGACGAUCGUCCUGACCACCUGCCUAACGCAGUGUGAACCCAGGUCAUCCUGCAGCAAGGAACGACUAACCCUUUAUUUAUAUUGAAUGAUUGUGUAGAAAUAAAUAUCAAGUCUGAAACAGACACUGAAUGAAAUUGUGAUUAUAUGUACCUGAACUAAUAGAAAUAUCUCCCAAUAUAGUUACAUGGGAGCCUUCUACGUAAAGAUCAUUUACUGAGCGAGGAGUCAGAAUUCCAGUGCGGAUCUAGAUUUAUUAGACAGUUUGUACUUAACCUCUCAUGCAAAGCACUUAAAUAUUUAAAGUAGGGUGAGAGAGGAGCAGUGUUCAUUUUGUCUACCAACAAUUUUAGUCAAAUUUUAGUUGCCUAACAGUUUUGAGAUUUAGUCAACUGAAACUAAAACAAUUCAGACGACUAAAAUACGACUAAAUCUAAAUUGAAAAUUGAAGCAAAAGUAAACACUGCACAGAGGGGCUGUGGGAGGGGCACAAGAGACAGACCAGGGGUUGUGAGAUAGACACCUAGAAGGGCUGGGAGGACACAAAGAGACACGGAGGGGCUGGGGCUGGGGAAAAAGACAGACCAGGGCUUGGGAGAGAGACACCUAGAGGGGCUGGGGGACACAGAGGGGCUGUGGAAGGGGCAAAAGAGACAGACCAGGGUUUGGGAGAGAGACGCCUAGAGGGGCUGGGGGACACAAAGAGACACAGAGGGGCUGGGGCUGGGGAAAAAGACAGACCAGUGCUUGGGAGAGAGACAGCUAGAGUGGCUGUGAGGACACAAAGAGACACAGAGUGGCUGGGGAAAGGGAAAAAGAGACAAAUACAGUCUUUAACUAAACCCAAUAGAUUUUGGUCGUGUUGACUAAAAUCCACUGGAGAUUUAUUCUGCUAAAACAAUUCAGAUGACUAAAAUAUGACUAAAACUAAAAUGUCUUUUUAGUCAAAAGACUAUGACUAAAACAAAAUUGAAAUUUGCUGCCACAUUUAACACUGGAGAGGAGUAUAUUAUCAGGCGUAAAGUAGAGGGGGGCUAUAAUCUAAAAUUCAGCAAAGUGCUAUUCAAGACAUGAUCUUCCUAUCUAAAGGAAUGAUGUGCAUUGAUGACCAGCUGAUAACUGGAUCCAUGCUGUUAUACGUGGCUUACACACAUACUACAUAUGGCCACUGUCGGAUUCCUUUUCUAGGAAGAAGGAUUGGAGCAAGAUCUAGUGAGUCUCCUGAAAGAACUUUCUGCAGAGAAGUACCUUCCGAUAUUCGCUCACCAUCGUUUCUCGCUGGAGAUGUUGGAGAAGAUGACUCCCAACGACCUUAAAAAGGUACGAAACGUCAGCGUUGUGUUAAUGAGACUAAAUUAAGAGUUGCAGAUCUGUUAGACUCCCUAAAAUAUUGUAACCAAAACUGAGUGCAUUAGACAAAUAUAUAACCUUUAAAUAAUUCAUCUUUUUGUUGGAAGAAUUUUAAUGAUUGGAUUAUCCUUAAAGGCACCUUCUAGGCACCAUAUUCACUUCCCUCAUCUAUCACUAUCCCACACUUUACUAUUAAACCAUUUUGGGAUUUUGUAACACUGUUGGAGGGUCCCCAGACUCCUGCAGCUCAGUCCAAUGUGGAGUUAUUGCUCUGUACCAACUCAUACCAGGUCAGCUGAUGACCAGGUGCCGCAGAGAGUAGCCAGGUUGUCAGGGAACCUCAUUCAAUGUUACACCACUAGAAAACUCUUUAAAAUUGAGGACUGCACCUGGUGUACUCAGGCACCAUAACCACUUUAAUGAAAUUAAUUGGUCAUGAUGCUUAGAGUGUCCCUUCAAUACCUCUGGAAAUAGUAGAUUUUUGGUUUGGCUUCUCCCACCCCUAUAUUCUUCUGUCAUACUUUCCCCUAAUUACUCAUUUCUGUGCCUUAGCUUGGAGUGCAGGAAGUGGGACUACAGAUUUCCAUCAUCGAUCGAGCAAGAGAGAUCUGGAGACUCAGAAAAGGUACUUCUUGUAAUCUUCUAAUAGUCUGUGUCUGUUCUCUCUCUCUCUCGUUCUGUUCUAUAUUCUGUGAUAAUCUACAACAUGUAAUCAUAUUACCAUUCUGUCCUCUAAUAUUCUAUAUUAUUCCUUCUUCUAUAAUGUUCUAUAGAAUCCCAUUCCUUUAACAUUUAAUAGAAACCCUCCUCCAUCCAGUAAUAUUGUAUUAAAUCUUGAUCACGUUGAGUUGUUGUUUUCAGUAACAUUCUAUAGAAUCUUCCUUUCCAGUAACAUUCUAUAGAACCCUCUUCUCCAGUAACAUUCUAUAGAACCCUCUUCUCCAGUAGAAUGUUACUGGAGAGGAGGAUAGAAUUCUUUUGACACCAAAAGCUAGCUGAGCAUCAUGGGAAAUGUAGUCCAGAAACAGUUUAUGGUGUCAAGGUUAGCCAUCACUGUUCUAUAGAACCCUCCACUCCAGUAACAUUCUAUAGAGUCCUCCACUCCUGUAACAUUCUAUAGAAUCCUCCUCUCCAAUAACAUUCUAUAGAACCCUCUUCUCCAGUAACAUUCUAUAGAACCCUCCUCUCCAGUAACAUUAAAUAGAGUCCUCCUCUCCAGUAACAUUCUAUAGAACCCUCCUCUCCAAUAACAUUCUAUAGAACCCUCCUCUCCAGUAACAUUCUAUAGAAUCCUCCUCUCCAGUAACAUUCUAUAGAAUCCCCCUCUCCAGUAACAUUCUAUAGAACCCUCCUCUCCAGUAACAAUCUAUAGAACCCUCUUCUCCAGUAACAUUCUAUAGAACCCUCCUCUCCAGUAACAUUCUAUAGAAUCCUCCUCUCCAGUAACAUUAAAUAGAGUCCUCCUCUCCAGUAACAUUCUAUAGAAUCCUCCUCUCCAGUAACAUUAAAUAGAGUCCUCCUCUCCAGUAACAUUCUAUAGAAUCCUCCUCUCCAGUAACAUUAAAUAGAGUCCUCCUCUCCAGUAACAUUCUAUAGAAGUCUCCUCUCUAGUAACAUUCUAUAGAAUCCUCCUCUCCAGUAUUCUAUAGAAUCCUCCACUCCAGUAACAUUCUAUAGAAUCCUCCUCUCUACUAACAUUCUAUAGAAUCCUCCUCUCUACUAACAUUCUAUUGAAUCCUCCUCUCUACUAACAUUCUAUAGAAUCCCCCUCUCCAGUAACAUUCUAUAGAAUCCUCCUCUCUACCAACAUUCUAUAGAAUCCUCCUCUCCAGUAACAUUCUAUAGAAUCCCCCUCUCCAGUAACAUCCUAUAGAAUCCUCCUCUCCAGUAAUAUUCUAUAGAAUCCUCCUCUCCAGUAACAUUUUAUAGAACCCUCCUCUCCAGUAACAUUCUAUAGAACCCUCCUCUACAAUAACAUUCUAUAGAAUCCUCCUUUCCAGUAACAUUCUAUUGAAUUCUCCUCUAUAGUAAUGUUCUAUAGCAGUGAUGGCUAACCUUGACACCAUAAAUUGUUUCUGGACUACAUUUCCCUUGAUGCUCAGCCAGUUUUUAGACACUAUAGAAUCCUCCUCUUUAGUAACAUUCUACAGAAUCCUCCUCUCUAGUAACAUUCUAUAGAAUCCUCCUCUCUAGUAACAUUCUAUAGAAUCCUCCACUCCAGUAACAUUCUAUAGAAUCCUCCUCUCCAGUAACAUUCUAUAGAACCCUCCUCUCCAAUAACAUUCUAUAGAACCCUCUUCUCCAGUAACAUUCUAUAGAACCCUCUUCUCCAGUAACAUUCUAUAGAACCCUCUUCUCCAGUAACAUUCUAUAGAACCCUCUUCUCCAGUAACAGUCUAUAGAACCCUUUUCUCCAGUAACAUUCUAUAGAACCCUCCUCUCCAGUAACAUUCUAUAGAAUCCUCCUCUCCAGUAACAUUCUAUAGAAUCCUCCUCUCCAGUAACAUUAAAUAGAAUCCUCGCACCUCACCCAUCACCACUAUAUCCAAUAACGGAGAACCCCUCCUUUCUCCCUGGUUCAAACCCAACAGCCUUCCAAAGCUUCCCUAAAAAGACCCACACACUCUCCUUAGGUGACGUUCUCAACGACAAGGGAAUUGCCCCCCUAGAGGACCUGAUCCCUAACACUGAACCUUCGGGUAUGGCCAGACUUAGACACUCACAGAUCAAACACUUCAUACAAUCAGACCACACACUCCUCCAAGGUCAUAGAAACCUUACAGCAUUCGAAACACAAUGUACUCACCACACACUACAUAAUCUAAUCUCAUCGUUCUAUAAAAUGAUCCGCCAACAACAUGAGGAGACCCUACCAAACUACAUAACACAGUGGGACAAGGAGCUAAACACGUAGACUCUAACAAAAGAUUUGCAAAAAAAUGUCCACACAUCGCACCCACGAAGGCAACUAUAAAAGAAUAGCUAGGUGGCACUAUACCCCCACCUGCAUCAAUAUGUUCUUCCCCAACUCACACAACACAUGCUGGAGGUGCAAACAAGUAGCAGGAACCACAAGCCACAUUUGGUGGCUAUGCCCGGUGAUCCAAGAUUACUGAGGAAAGAUCACCAACCUUAUAGGUACUAUAACGGGCAUCAACCUUCCCAAGAAACCCGAAACCAUGCUGUUCCUACUCUAUCACCAACCUCUAGCCAAACACCAGCGUAUCCUCCUCAACCACCUCCUAACAGAGCCUGGAUAGCCAGAGUAGAUUCCAUUAGAACAAUGGAAGAACUAUCCUACUCUUUCACUCUUAAAUAUGACGAAUACCACAUUACCUGGUCUCCUUGGCUCCAAUUCCUCCAGGGGAAUCAUAGAUAGUAGCCGGACACCGACUCCGGAACCCAGUGCGGAAACCCUCCCAAAUGCACACAACACCAAUCUUCCACCAUGUUGGGCCUGAUAACCUUAUAAAACUAAUAUAUGUAAAAAGCUAGUGUACCAAAUACUGUUUGCAUUUUCGCACUAAGGUUAUACCACUGAUGCAAUGUGUUACUUUCUUCAAAAUGCACUAUUUUGUUGUACUGCACUUUAUCACUCAAUAAAACUUAAAAAAAUAAUUAAAAAUAAAUAUUUCUAUAGACCCAUCUUCUCCAGUAACAUUCUAUAGAACCCUCUUCUCUAGUAACAUUAUAUAGAAUCCUCCUCUCCAGUAACAUUAAAUAGAGUCCUCCUCUCCAGUAACAUUCUAUAGAAUCCUCCUCUCCAGUAACAUUCUGUAGAACCCUUCUCUCCAGUAACAUUCUAUAGAACCCUCUUCUACAGUAACAUUCUAUAGAAUCCUCCUCUCCAGUAACAUUAAAUAGAGUCAUCCUCUCCAGUAACAUUCUAUAGAAUUCUCCUCUCCAGUAACAUUCUAUAGAAUCUUAUCCAGUAACAUUCUAUAGAACCCUCCUCUCCAGUAACAUUCUAUAGAACCCUCCUCUCCAGUAACAUUCUAUAGAACCCUCCUCUCCAGUAACAUUCUAUAGAACCCUCCUCUCCAGUAACAUUCUAUAGAAUCCUCCUCUCCAGUAACAUUUUAUAGAACCCUCCUCUCCAGUAACAUUCUAUAGAAUCCUCCUCUCUAGUAACAUUCUAUAGAACCCUCUUCUCCAGUAACAUUCUAUAGAACCCUCUUCUCCAGUAACUUUCUACAGAAUCCUCCCCUCCAGUAACAUUCUAUAGAAUCCUUCUCUCCAGUAACAUUCUAUAGAAUCCCCCUCUCCAGUAACAUUCUAUAGAAUCCCCCUCUCCAGUAACAUUCUAUAGAACCCUCCUCUCCAGUAACAUUCUAUAGAAUCCUCCUCUCCAGUAACAUUCUAUAGAAUCCUCCUCUCCAGUAACAUUCUAUAGAAUCCUCCUCUCCAGUAACAUUCUAUAGAAUCCUCCUCUCCAGUAACAUUCUAUAGAAUCCUCCUCUCCAGUAACAUUCUAUAGAAUCCCCCUCUCCAGUAACAUUCUAUAGAAUCCCCCUCUCCAGUAACAUUCUAUAGAACCCUCCUCUCCAGUAACAUUCUAUAGAAUCCUCCUCUCCAUUAACAUUCUAUAGAAUCCUCCUCUCCAGUAACAUUCUAUAGAACCCUCCUCUCCAGUAACAUUCUACAGAACCCUCUUCUCCAGUAACAGUCUAUAGAACCUCUUCUCCAGUAACAUUCUAUAGAACCCUCCUCUCCAGUAACAUCUAUAGAAUCCUUCUCUCCAGUAACAUUCUAUAGAACCCUCCUCUCCAGUAACAUUCUAUAGAACCCCCUCUCCAGUAACUCUAUAGAACCCCCUCUCCAGUAACAUUCUAUAGAACCCUCCUCUCCAGUAACAUUCUAUAGAAUCCUCCUCUCCAGUAACAUUUUAUAGAACCCUCCUCUCCAGUAACAUUCUAUAGAAUCCCCCUCUCCAGUAACAUUCUAUAGAAUCCUUCUCUCCAGUAACAUUCUAUAGAAUCCCCCUCUCCAGUAACAUUCUAUAGAAUCCUCCUCUCCAGUAACAUUCUACAGAACCCUCUUCUCCAGUAACAUUCGAUAGAACCCUCUUCUCCAGUAACAUUCUAUAGAACCCUCUUCUCCAGUAACAGUCUAUAGAACCCUUUUCUCCAGUAACAUUCUAUAGAAUCCUCCUCUCCAGUAACAUUCUACAGAACCCUCUUCUCCAGUAACAUUCUAUAGAACCCUCUUCUCCAGUAACAUUCUAUAGAAUCCUCCCCUACAGUAACAUUAAAUAGAGUCCUCCUCUCCAGUAACAUUCUAUAGAAUCCUCCUCUCCAGUAACAUUCUGUAGAACCCUUCUCUCCAGUAACAUUCUAUAGAACCCUCUUCUCCAGUAACAUUCUAUAGAAUCCUCCUCUCCAGUAACAUUAAAUAGAGUCCUCCUCUCCAGUAACAUUCUAUAGAAUUCUCCUCUCCAGUAACAUUCUAUAGAAUUCCCCUCUCCAGUUACAUUCUAUAGAAUCCCCCUCUCCAGUAACUUUCUAUAGAAUCCUCCCCUACAGUAACAGUCUAUAGAAUCCUUCUCUCCAGUAACAUUCUAUAGAAUCCCCCUCUCCAGUAACAUUCUAUAGAAUCCCCCUCUCCAGUAACUUUCUAUAGAAUCCUCCCCUACAGUAACAGUCUAUAGAAUCCUUCUCUCCAGUAACAUUCUAUAGAGUCCUCCACUCCUGUAACAUUCUACAGAACCCUCCUCUCCAGUAACAUUCUAUAGAACCCUCUUAUCCAGUAACAUUCUAUAGAACCCUCCUCUCCAGUAACAAUCUAUAGAACCCUCUUCUCCAGUAACAUUCUAUAGAACCCUCCUCUCCAGUAACAUUCUAUAGAACCCUCCUCUCCAGUAACAAUCUAUAGAACCCUCUUCUCCAGUAACAUUCUAUAGAACCCUCCUCUCCAGUAACAUUCUAUAGAAUCCUCCUCUCCAGUAACAUUCUAUAGAACCCUCCUCUCCAGUAACAUUCUAUAGAAUCCUCCUCUCUAGUAACAUUCUAUAGAACCCUCUUCUCCAAUAACAUUCUAUAGAACCCUCUUCUCCAGUAACAUUCUAUAGAAUUCUCCUCUCCAGUAACAUUCUAUAGAAUCCCCCUCUCCAGUAACAUUCUAUAGAAUCCUCCUCUCUACUAACAUUCUAUAGAAUCCUCCUCUCCAGUAACAUUCUAUAGAAUCCUCCUCUCUAGUAACAUUCUAUAGAAUCCCCCUCUCCAGUAACAUUCUAUAGAAUCCCCCUCUCCAGUAACAUUCUAUAGAACCCUCCUCUCCAGUAACAUUCUAUAGAAUCCUCCUCUCCAGUAACAUUCUACAGAACCCUCCUCUCCAGUAACAUUCUACAGAACCCUCUUCUCCAGUAACAGUCUAUAGAACCAUCUUCUCCAGUAACAUUCUAUAGAACCCUCCUCUCCAGUAACAAUCUAUAGAACCCUUUUCUCCAGUAACAUUCUAUAGAACCCUCUUCUCCAGUAACAUUCUAUAGAAUCCUCCUCUACAGUAACAGUCUAUAGAACCCUCCACUCCAGUAACAUUCUAUAGAGUCCUCCACUCCAGUAACAUUCUAUAGAAUCCUCCUCUCCAGUAACAUUCUAUAAAAUCCUCUUCUCCAGUAACAUUCUAUAGAACCCUCUUCUCCAGUAACAUUCUAUAGAAUCCUCCUCUCCAGUAACAUUAAAUAGAGUCCUCCUCUCCAGUAACAUUCUAUAGAAUCCUCCUCUCCAGUAACAUUAAAUAGAGUCCUCCUCUCCAGUAACAUUCUAUAGAAGUCUCCUCUCUAGUAACAUUCUAUAGAAUCCUCCUCUCCAGUAUUCUAUAGAACCCUCUUCUCUAGUAACAUUAUAUAGAAUCCUCCUUUCCAGUAACAUUAAAUAGAACCCUCCUCUCCAGUAACAUUCUAUAGAAUCCUCCUCUUCAGUAACAUUCUAUAGAAUCCUCCUCUCCAGUAACAUUCUACAGAACCCUCUUCUCCAGUAACAUUCUAUAGAACCCUCUUCUCCAGUAACAAUCUAUAGAACCCUCUUCUCCAGUAACAUUCUAUAGAAUCCCCCUCUCCAAUAACAUUCUAUAGAACCCUCCACUCCAGUAACAUUCUACAGAACCCUCUUCUCCAGUAACAUUCUAUAGACCCCUCUUCUCCAGUAACAUUCUAUAGAAUCCUCCUCUCCAGUAACAUUAAAUAGAGUCCUCCUCUCCAGUAACAUUCUAUAGAAUUCUCCUCUCCAGUAACAUUCUAUAGAAUCCCCCUCUCCAGUAACAUUCUAUAGAAUCCCCCUCUCCAGUAACUUUCUAUAGAAUCCUCCCCUACAGUAACAGUCUAUAGAAUCCUUCUCUCCAGUAACAUUCUAUAGAAUCCCCCUCUCCAGUAACUUUCUAUAGAAUCCUCCCCUACAGUAACAUUCUAUAGAAUCCUUCUCUCCAGUAACAUUCUAUAGAGUCCUCCACUCCUGUAACAUUCUAUAGAACCCUCCUCUCCAGUAACAUUCUAUAGAACCCUCCUCUCCAGUAACAUUCUAUAGAAUCCUCCUCUCCAGUAACAUUUUAUAGAACCCUCCUCUCCAGUAACAUUCUAUAGAAUCCUCCUCUCUAGUAACAUUCUAUAGAACCCUCUUCUCCAAUAACAUUCUAUAGAACCCUCUUCUCCAGUAACAUUCUAUAGAAUUCUCCUCUCCAGUAACAUUCUAUAGAAUCCCCCUCUCCAGUAACAUUCUAUAGAAUCCUCCUCUCUACUAACAUUCUAUAGAAUCCUCCUCUCCAGUAACAUUCUAUAGAAUCCUCCUCUCCAGUAACAUUCUAUAGAAUCCCCCUCUCCAGUAACAUUCUAUAGAAUCCCCCUCUCCAGUAACAUUCUAUAGAACCCUCCUCUCCAGUAACAUUCUAUAGAAUCCUCCUCUCCAGAGUAACAUUCUAUAGAAUCCUCCUCCAGUAACAUUCUUGCCAGAACCCCUCCUCUCCAGUAACAUUCUACAGAACCUCUUCUCCAGUAACAGUCUAUAGAAACUAUCUUCUCUCCAGUAACAUUCUAUAGAACCCUCCUCUCCAGUAACAAUCUAUAGAACCCUUUUCUCCAGUAACAUUCUAUAGAACCUCUUCCUCCAGUGUAACAACAUUCUAUAGAAUCCCUCCCUAUAGUAACAGUCUAUAGAACCUCCACUCCAGUAACAUUCUAUAGAAUCCCCCUCUCCAGUAACUUUCUAUAGAAUCCUCCCCUACAGUAACAGUCUAUAGAAUCCUUCUCUCCAGUAACAUUCUAUAAAGUCCUCCACUCCUGUAACAUUCUAUAGAACCCUCUUAUCCAGUAACAUUCUAUAGAACCCUCCUCUCCAGUAACAUUCUAUAGAACCCUCCUCUCCAGUAACAUUCUAUAGAACCCUCCUCUCCAGUAACAUUCUAUAGAAUUCUCCUCUCCAGUAACAUUCUAUAGAAUCCCCCUCUCCAGUAACAUUCUAUAGAAUCCUCCUCUCUACUAACAUUCUAUAGAACCCUCUUCUCCAGUAACAUUCUAUAGAAUCCUCCUCUAUAGUAACAGUCUAUAGAACCCUCCACUCCAGUAACAUUCUAUAGAACCCUCCUUUCCAGUAACAUUCUAUUGAACCCUCUUCUCCAGUAACAUUCUAUAGAAUACUCCUCUCCAGUAACAUUCUAUAGAAUCCUCCUCUCCAGUAACAUUCUAUAGAACCCUCUUCUCCAGUAACAUUCUAUAGAACCCUCCUCUCCAGUAACAUUCUGUAGAACCCUCCUCUCCAGUAACAUUCUAUAGAACCCUCCUCUCCAGUAACAUUCUAUAGAACCCUCUUCUCCAGUAACAUUCUAUAGAACCCUCUUCUCUAGUAACAUUCUAUAGAAUCCUCCUCUCCAGUAACAUUCUAUAGAAUCCUCCUCUCCAGUAACAUUCUAUAGAAUCCUCCUCUCCAGUAACAUUCUAUAGAAUCCCCCUCUCCAGUAACUUUCUAUAGAAUCCUCCCCUACAGUAACAGUUUAUAGAAUCCUUCUCUCCAGUAACAUUCUAUAGAAUCCCCCUCUCCAGUAACAUUCUAUAGAAUCCUCCUCUCCAGUAACAUUCUAUAGAACCCUCUUCUCCAGUAACAUUCUAUAGAACCCUCUUCUCCAGUAACAGUCUAUAGAACCCUUUUCUCCAGUAACAUUCUAUAGAAUCCUCCUCUCCAGUAACAUUCUACAGAACCCUCUUCUCCAGUAACAUUCUAUAGAACCCUCUUCUCCAGUAACAUUCUAUAGAAUCCUCCCCUACAGUAACAGUCUAUAGAAUCCUCCUCUCCAGUAACAUUUUAUAGAACCCUCCUCUCCAGUAACAUUCUAUAGAAUCCUCCUCUCUAGUAACAUUCUAUAGAACCCUCUUCUCCAGUAAGAUUCUAUAGAACCCUCUUCUCCAGUAACUUUCUACAGAAUCCUCCCCUCCAGUAACAUUCUAUAGAAUCCUUCUCUCCAGUAACAUUCUAUAGAAUCCCCCUCUCCAGUAACAUUCUAUAGAAACCCCCUCUCCAGUAACAUUCUAUAGAACCCUCCUCUCCAGUAACAUUCUAUAGAAUCCUCCUCUCCAGUAACAUUUUAUAGAACCCUCCUCUCCAGUAACAUUCUAUAGAAUCCUCCUCUCUAGUAACAUUCUAUAGAACCCUCUUCUCCAAUAACAUUCUAUAGAACCCUCUUCUCCAGUAACAUUCUAUAGAAUUCUCCUCUCCAGUAACAUUCUAUAGAAUCCCCCUCUCCAGUAACAUUCUAUAGAAUCCUCCUCUCUACUAACAUUCUAUAGAAUCCUCCUCUCCAGUAACAUUCUAUAGAAUCCUCCUCUCCAGUAACAUUCUAUAGAAUCCCCCUCUCCAGUAACAUUCUAUAGAAUCCCCCUCUCCAGUAACAUUCUAUAGAACCCUCCUCUCCAGUAACAUUCUAUAGAAUCCUCCUCUCCAGUAACAUUCUAUAGAAUCCUCCUUUCAGUAACAUUCUAUAGAACCCUCUUCUCCAGUAACAUUCUAUAGAAUCCUCCUCUCUACUAACAUUCUAUAGAAUCCUCCUCUCUAGUAACAUUCUAUAGAAUCCUCCUCUCUACUAACAUUCUAUAGAACCCUCUUCUCUAGUAACAUUCUAUAGAAUCCUCCUCUCUACUAACAUUCUAUAGAAUCCUCCUUUCAGUAACAUUCUAUAGAAUCCCCCUCUCUACUAACAUUCUAUAGAAUCCUCCUUUCAGUAACAUUCUAUAGAAUCCCCCUCUCCAGUAACAUUCUAUAGAACCCUCUUCUCCAGUAACAUUCUAUAGAAUCCUCCUCUCUACUAACAUUCUAUAUAAUCCCCCUCUCCAGUAACAUUCUAUAGAAUCCCCCUCUCCAGUAACAUUCUAUAGAAUCCCCCUCUCCAGUAACAUUCUAUAGAAUCCCCCUCUCCAGUAACAUUCUAUAGAGUCCUCCUCUCUAGUAACAUUAAAUAGAAUCCUCCUCUCCAGUAACAUUCUGUAGAAUCCCCCUCUCCAGUAAAAUUCUAUAGAAUCCCCCUCUCCAGUAACAUUCUAUAGAAUCCUCCUCUCCAGUAACAUUCUAUAGAAUCCUCCUCUCCAGUAACAUUCUACAGAACCCUCUUCUCCAGUAACAUUCGAUAGAACCCUCUUCUCCAGUAACAUUCUAUAGAACCCUCUUCUCCAGUAACAGUCUAUAGAACCCUUUUCUCCAGUAACAUUCUAUAGAAUCCUCCUCUCCAGUAACAUUCUACAGAACCCUCUUCUCCAGUAACAUUCUAUAGAACCCUCUUCUCCAGUAACAUUCUAUAGAAUCCUCCCCUACAGUAACAGUCUAUAGAAUUCUUCUCUCCAGUAACAUUCUAUAGAAUCCCCCUCUCCAGUAACAUUCUAUAGAAUCCUCCUCUCCAGUAACAUUCUAUAGAAUCCUCCUCUCCAGUAACAUUCUACAGAACCCUCUUCUCCAGUAACAUUCUAUAGAACCCUCUUCUCCAGUAACAUUCUAUAGAACCCUCUUCUCCAGUAACAUUCUAUAGAACCCUCUUCUCCAGUAACAGUCUAUAGAACCCUUUUCUCCAGUAACAUUCUAUAGAACCCUCCUCUCCAGUAACAAUCUAUAGAACCCUCUUCUUCAGUAACAUUAAAUAGAGUCCUCCUCUCCAGUAACAUUCUACAGAACCCUCUUCUCCAGUAACAUUCUAUAGAACCCUCUUCUCCAGUAACAAUCUAUAGAACCCUCUUCUCCAGUAACAUUCUAUAGAAUCCCCCUCUCCAGUAACAUUCUAUAGAACCCUCCACUCCAGUAACAUUCUAUAGAGUCCUCCACUCCAGUAACAUUCUACAGAACCCUCUUCUCCAGUAACAUUCUAUAGACCCCUCUUCUCCAGUAACAUUCUAUAGAACCCUCUUCUCUAGUAACAUUAUAUAGAAUCCUCCUCUCCAGUAACAUUAAAUAGAGUCCUCCAUCCAGUAACAUUCUAUAGAAUCCUCCUCUCCAGUAACAUUCUGUAGAACCCUUCUCUCCUGUAACAUUCUAUAGAACCCUCUUCUCCAGUAACAUUCUAUAGAAUCCUCCUCUCCAGUAACAUUAAAUAGAGUCCUCCUCUCCAGUAACAUUCUAUAGAAUUCUCCUCUCCAGUAACAUUCUAUAGAAUCCUCCUCUCCAGUAACAUUCUAUAGAAUCCUCCCCUACAGUAACAGUCUAUAGAAUCCUUCUCUCCAGUAACAUUCUAUAGAAUCCCCCUCUCCAGUAACAUUCUAUAGAAACCCCCUCUCCAGUAACAUUCUAUAGAACCCUCCUCUCCAGUAACAUUCUAUAGAAUCCUCCUCUCCAGUAACAUUUUAUAGAACCCUCCUCUCCAGUAACAUUCUAUAGAAUCCUCCUCUCUAGUAACAUUCUAUAGAACCCUCUUCUCCAAUAACAUUCUAUAGAACCCUCUUCUCCAGUAACAUUCUAUAGAAUCCUCCUCUCCAGUAACAUUCUAUAGAAUCCCCCUCUCCAGUAACAUUCUAUAGAAUCCUCCUCUCUACUAACAUUCUAUAGAAUCCUCCUCUCCAGUAACAUUCUAUAGAAUCCUCCUCUCCAGUAACAUUCUAUAGAAUCCCCUCUCCAGUAACAUUCUAUAGAAUCCCCCUCUCCAGUAACAUUCUAUAGAACCCUCCUCUCCAGUAACAUUCUAUAGAAUCCUCCUCUCCAGUAACAUUCUAUAGAAUCCUCCUCUCCAGUAACAUUCUAUAGAAUCCUCCUCUCCAGUAACAUUCUAUAGAACCCUCCUCUCCAGUAACAUUCUACAGAACCCUCUUCUCCAGUAACAUUCUAUAGAACCCUCCUCUCCAGUAACAGUCUAUAGAAUCCUUCUCUCCAGUAACAUUCUAUAGAAUCCCCCUCUCCAGUAACAUUCUAUAGAAUCCCCCUCUCCAGUAACAUUCUAUAGAAUCCUCCUCUCCAGUAACAUUCUAUAGAAUCCUCCUCUCCAGUAACAUUCUAUAGAAUCCUCCUCUCCAGUAACAUUCUAUAGAACCCUCUUCUCCAGUAACAUUCUAUAGAACCCUCUUCUCCAGUAACAUUCUAUAGAAUCCUCCUCUCUAGUAACAUUCUAUAGAAUCCUCCUCUCUACUAACAUUCUAUAGAAUCCUCCUUUCAGUAACAUUCUAUAGAACCCUCUUCUCCAGUAACAUUCUAUAGAAUCCUCCUCUCUACUAACAUUCUAUAGAAUCCUCCUCUCUAGUAACAUUCUAUAGAAUCCUCCUCUCUACUAACAUUCUAUAGAACCCUCUUCUCUAGUAACAUUCUAUAGAAUCCUCCUCUCUACUAACAUUCUAUAGAAUCCUCCUUUCAGUAACAUUCUAUAGAAUCCCCCUCUCUACUAACAUUCUAUAGAAUCCUCCUUUCAGUAACAUUCUAUAGAAUCCCCCUCUCCAGUAACAUUCUAUAGAACCCUCUUCUCCAGUAACAUUCUAUAGAAUCCUCCUCUCUACUAACAUUCUAUAGAAUCCCCCUCUCCAGUAACAUUCUAUAGAAUCCACCUCUCCAGUAACAUUCUAUAGAAUCCCCCUCUCCAGUAACAUUCUAUAGAAUCCCCCUCUCCAGUAACAUUCUAUAGAGUCCUCCUCUCUAGUAACAUUAAAUAGAAUCCCCCUCUCCAGUAACAUUCUAUAGAGUCCUCCUCUCUAGUAACAUUAAAUAGAAUCCUCCUCUCCAGUAACAUUCUAUAGAAUCCUCCACUUUUGCUUUUGAUUAGCGUUUUACCUGUUUCUACCGUUCAGGACUCGCUAGUGUAACAUAUAUUAGAUUCAGACAUGGGGGUUAAGAGGCUGAGGCUUUUCCUAUAACAUUAAGUACCACUUACCUGUCUCUGAUUCUUUUUCUGUGUAACAUUUCUUUCAUGACAUUAUAAACAUAUUUUUACUCUUACUUUAUGCCAAGAAGUUGCAGGUUUAGCCAUCUUUGAAUUUAGUCAAAUGAUCUUGUUGUUGGCCUCCACUAGAUAUUGGUCUGCAGCAGACCCGUUCACAUGGCGUAACCAAAACCACUGCAAUUCUUAAAACUGUUUUACAUGGUUUCAGAAAAACUCAAAGUUGUGGAUAACAUUACACCUAAUGAACUAAUGCCAAGUGUACCUCAAGAAGUUGAGCCGAGUGCACCCCAAGACAUCCAACCCAGCCUUGAAUCUCCUUCUUUCCCCUUAACCGAAGUGACCAAUAGGAACUCUGAGUGCGUCGUCUGCUUGGAGCAAGAGGUAAAAACUCACAGCGGAUUUCAUUAGACACCAAGUGCUGCGUAGCAAAUGCCCAAAAUGGUCUACAUGCUUGCUCAGUAGUUAUGGUGCUCGCUGGCCAAGUUAGUCAUUCUGCCAUUUACUGUAUGCAGAGAUCAAAUAUAGGAGAAAUCGGCUCUGUCCCGGCUGUGGUACAGACUUCCAUUCUCUAUACAGGCGAUUGCAGAAGGGCUGCGCUCCAUAUUAGUGUAGGCUCAGGAAGAAGGGAGCGCUGUGCCUCUAUUGGGGGACACCCUUGUUAUCAUUGUGUUCAUUGGGGGUAUGAUGGCAAACACUUUAAUUUCUAGUCAUUUAGAACCCUUUCUCGCAGUGAGACAGUAACUGCGGUGCAGAGAGAUUAGACACCGCCUUUUUGCUGAUCUCACGGUAACUGCGCUGGAACUGACAGAUUCUCGGCAGUGAACAGGAGGCAGGUCACAUUACUAAUAAUAAAUCUUAAUUAUUGUCCUUUUUUGUUUAUUUCAUUUUAAUGCAUUUUCUUAAUAACUUUAUGAUACUAUAAACGUUAUGAAAGGGCAAAGCAGAAUGGUAGCACAAAAAAGACUUUUAAUCCUAUAUAUCUGAUACUAUCUGAGCUGCUAGUACACGGGGUGGGCGUACCAUAGCCAGUAACUGUAAUAACACCCUGCUCUGUCAUCUCUAGGCUCAGACCAUCUUUCUCACCUGUGGACAUGUGUGUUGCUGCUCAAAAUGCGGGGACGCCCUCCAUACCUGCCCGCUGUGCCGUGGGGCGAUUACGCAGCGCAUACGGAUAUAUCACAGCACCUAAGAGACAGGUGCCGAAACUAGAAACUCCCCGAAAUCGUUUCCCUGCUCGUUAUUUCUGGUUCCGAAAGACACGGAGGAGCAGAAAGAUGGGGGACAAAAUUCACUGUUUCUGGGAAAGGGGGAGUCCGCCUGCAAUCGUUUUAACCCUUUGUUUCUUGUUGUGUUUCCUUGUUCCCCAGCAAUGUGAACGAGCUGUUACUGUAUAUGGCUGAUUAACUUAAUCCAGAUAUCACUGCUUGUCAGCUGUCUGUCCCCAGUGUGUCUGUCUGUCCUCUCUAUGUGUGGAAAGUUGGAAAUCAAUAUGCUGCACUGUCUAUCUGUGGUGAGUAUCUACCUGCACAGCUAGCAUGCUGGGAACGUGAUCCAUCUCUGAGCUCUGCUGGCAAUGCCUGGUCACUAAACGGCCUACAUAUCUGUAAACACGGCCCUUCUCUCCGUCCUGUCACUCCGUUAGUGUAUAGUGAUGUGGAGUAUCUCUCCAAAGUAGCUGACUUCUCUGGGUGAAUGAUGAAGAAUUUAGAAAUGAAAGAUCCAGAAACCUUCCAUUUAUUUAUGUGCUGACCCUGAAUGCUGAAUUCAUUUUAUACUGAUUGAUGCUUAUGUAUAAUGAUGCCAGGUAUCUUGCUAUAGGUGUAGCCCUAUCCCGGUCCUUUACAGAAUAUCUGUGAAUAGCUGCCCAAUAGGAAUUUGGGGAGGUUUCUUUCUUCAUUAUCCAUUCCUAUGGCAUGCGCUCCAACAUUGGGAGGUGUGAAAUCAGGACAGGGAGUGAGUGGGUGGUGUCCAUAGGAUGCAAAUCAGGACUGUCAUGCCAGAUCUGGGACUCUUUGGAGGUAUGAGUGUGAAGUUACUUUAUUUUUGUAUGUUGAUGCUGUGUGUUUGUCGUACCAGCUGUAAAUGAGCCUUCUGUCUGCACUGAACAUAUCCCUGGAAUCGUAGUCGUUUAAAAAUAAACUGAUUGUGCUGUAUAAUGAUGCAGAGUAUCCCAACAUGCAUUUCAGUGUGGAAAAGAUAUUUAUUACAUUAUAGUACACAUUUCUCGGUGUGUCGGGAGCAGGCAUUUAUUUAUCAUAACUAAUUAUCUAAGAAUAGCACUUUACAUAGCAUUAAGCGAAAUGGCUGUAGUGGAAUGGGCAGUAUACGAUGUGUGCGCAUGCAUGUAGUAUCCUUUAAUUGGAACAUAGAAUCUCUCGUGUCCAGACAAUAUCUGACAUAAAGGAUACCCGUGGUACGACGAGUCUACGCCAUCACGUCGUUACUCUGUAACCGCAGCCGUACAGAAUGUUUAGACGUUUUCUGGAGAAAUGACAUUUUCCGUUUACCCACUUGAUGCCCGAUUCCUUUCACUCGAAGUUUUACGAUUUCUGAAAGUUUCCUGUGUUUUCUCUCUUUAUUCAGUAAAUCCUUUGGCGUUUAUUUACUAAGCAGUGAAUCGUAGUGAAUCGCAAGUUAAGUAAAAAAGUGCUGAUCUGGGUAAAUUCUCCGAUUGUUAUAGUUACGGUUUGGUUAUGUUGUUAUGGUGUUUUUGAUUCACUGCAGUUUAUUGUUUAAUGAAUAAACCCAUUUGUUUUCCAGUUUUGACAAUCAGUCCCCUGUAUUUAUCUUAUGUUCUGUUUAUAUUUCUUUCUUUAUUUUUUUGUUUUUCUGUGGUUUAUUAGCAAAUUGUACGGGGUGGUCUGUUACUCGUGAAUAUCAAUAAAUGCUGUCUGGCCUGUUUUUAUUCCCUCUUUUUAAAUAAUAAAGUAAAAAUGUCAAUGAAUGAUGUAUAAACGAUCCCUUUACUUAUUAGUGAAGCUUUACACGCAGGGCAGGGGACACUGGAACGAGACGAUAGGAUUGUUCACACUUGGAUUUGGGUAAUAAAGAAACUGUUAGAAUAUCUGAAACCGAUUUAACCCCUUAAGGACACAACUUCAAAAAUAAAAGGGAAUCAUGAAGGAAUAUUUCCGUCGUGUGUCCUUAAGGGGUUAAUGGAUCUCACAGGGUUAUUCACUGAAAUGAGGAUUCAAAGUGAAUUUCAUAUUUUAAGGUCAAAGUAGCCGAGCUGGAAAAAUUCUCUAAAUCUGCUAAUCUUUCAGUUUGACUACUCUGGCCUGUCAGUUUGAAAAGCCGUUUAAAACAUGCUCUAAUAUGGAGUGUUGGCCACUGAAUUAAAAUGUUACACGUAGGAUGUUGACAGCGUACGUUUUCUCCAUACAUUGUGGCUGGAAGUUGUUUAUAGUGAAUGAAAAAGUAUUUUUGUGUGAGCACACAUUCUGUAUAAACUACAUCUAUAAGGUUAAUAGGUUGUAAUUAUAAUAUCUUGUGACACACAGGGGAAGUUCGAGGAUAGCAGCACAUAUUAUAAUUAAAAAUUAAAGGUAUAACACCCUGAAUAUACAACACUUAAAGGAAAAGCGCCUCAGAUUAGUAUCUUUUUUUUAUUUUUUUAAAGUGUUGCCAUUUUUAUUAACAUAGUUUUUACCUGACUUGCAGCCAGUUUAAAAAGCAGUUUAAAGUACAGAGAAGGAUAAUAAUCUGUUUAUUGUCAAUGUUUGUGUCAGUUUUGGGAAUUAGCUUUGCUGAACACUGGGGAAUUUCUGGAUCUGCCCAAUUAGGUCUUUUACAUGAUCCCACUUGGUGAACCUCUGUAGUUAAUCUGAGUUACUGAAAUGAUUGGAUUAUUGUUUUUAAUGCAUUAGCAGCAUUGUUAUAUUUUCCCAUCAGCUAAAAUUAGUUAUUAAGUUGGGAACGUUAAGAGCCAUUGUAACCCCCUUGGCACUAAAAGGGUUCGUUCCUGCCUCUUGCUGCCUGUGCAGGUCCUUCAUGCAGCCUGUGACCCUCGCCCAUGUGGCUGCUAAUCAUUUACCGAGUGGUUAAGGCUCAGAGUAACGGCAGCUUAUGGAUAAAUAAACUUGAUACAGAUUUAAUGGAUAGGAAAGGGCACCUUGGGGACGCAUUAACGUCAGGUUUUUUAUUGCAGGUUCAUAUGAUUUUUCUGCUGGCAAGAGCGGUGCAAGUUUUUGGCCGAAAUAGCUGGAAUGUGACAGCCUUUUAUUUGACUAUUUUUCUGUUUUGGCCUUGGGUUUGCAAUUCCCCUGUCAGUUCCUCCAGAACUCCCACUUUAGUGAAUAUUCCCAUUAAAUAGAGGAAGUGUAACCGUGGAUAUCAAAGUGCUGUAUUGAUUGGUAGCUCUGUGACGGCUUGCACAGGGUUAAACGAUUCCAUUCUAGAAUUAUACAAUUCAUUUAUUAACACCAUCUAGGGGAAGGGAGAAAAUCUGAAUAUUGAAAUAAGGCAGGAUUAAAGAGACACCCCACUGCCUAAAUAAUAAAAUAAAUCACUAUUUAAUAGAUACAACCCCACUGAAAACAUGCUUGCAUCUAAUUGUGCAUUUUUUCACUGUGGGUAUAUCUAAUAGCUUCAAAAACUGCAGAUCUAUUAUCUGCAGCCUUUGAAAGACCUCCCCUUCUAACCCCGCCCAGACUUCCUGUGUCUGCCCAAUCAGAGACUUCCCAAUGCUGCUCAGUGAGAAGUCUUUACAAGGCAGGUGCUCUGGGCAAUCGCUGCCUCUUGGGUUUAUCUCCACUGAGGGGGUGUAACACGACCGUUGUCUGAUUGACAGUUAGAGGAAGUAACCAGGUUAACCGAUAAAAGUGCCAAUUUCUAUUAAAAACGGAACUUUUUGUAAAAUGAAAAAAAGAGGACAGUUCUUCACAUAUAAAGCACUUCAACAAAUUAACCUGCUUUAUGUGUGUGUGGAAUGUCCCUUUAACUGCAUGGGGACCUCGGAUGGCCACCAAAGGACCACGGGUAAGUCCCAUUCACCAUCCCUAUGAAAAGGAUGAGGGGUGUCCAGUAACCUGCCUUGUGACCUGGGUUAAUCCUUCUUCUGGUUGUAGAUAAAUACGAGGAGUUAAUGACCCGUUGCUGUCUACAUUUCCCUAUCACAAUGAAUCCAGUUUACAGAUUACCCAUCGGCCUUUGAUUUCGUUCCCAACCCUGCCUUUAGUAUAGGGUAAUAUUUGUUAUUGGGGUUUAUGGCCUUAAAAUGAAUUUUGUAUAUUUGUAUUUGUUUGAGUUGUUACCUUUCACUAUUUAAAAUGCCUUGCUCACCCCAUUGGCACUUAAAUGCCCCACACACUCACCCACCGACACACCCACAUUGUGCUUCUGUGAUUUUGUACAUAUAAUGUUGUCAUUUUGAAUAUUUGCGGAUUUUUCCCCCCCUGAUGUGAUGGGAGUUGUUUUCUUGAGAUUUACGACAUGUUUCUGAUUUUGUCGUCUGUGCAGUUAAACUGUUCAAUAAAAGUGCCUUUGCAUGAA